UAACCUUCCGGCUUCCCCACAUUACUAUUUCUCCUUUUGCCAUUAACCUGCUGCUUUUCCUCUUCCUCUCAUCCCAAAACAUGACUGUAGCCAAGAUGUCCGUCUACAAACAAAUGAAACUGGCAUGUUGCUUUGAUUGCGGCCGUUCAGAGCGAGACUGCUCUUGCAUGUCAGGCAGUGUACAUAUUAACAUGGACACCCUACAGAGGGCCUACCCACUCCCCUCUGUCUCUGUUCAUGAUUGCACAACCACUUUACCUGCCUGUAAGUUAUACCGCCCAACACGUGCUGUUAAAUGUCUGUUGUGUGUGCCCUGUAUGUGUAUGUGUGUGUGUACCAUGUGUAGGUAUAUGUGUUUAUGUGCUUUAUCCGUAACGUCGUCCACGUGGCGUGCUUCCAUAGUUGCCAUUACGCUGUCGUGGCUUAUUUAAAUGUAUUUGUUAUUAUUAUUAUUAUUAUUAGUAGUAGUAGUAGUAGUAUCAUUAAUUUGAGUAGUUUUUAUUCUUAUUCUUCUUCUUAUUAUUAUUUCUGUGGGUUGUAUUGGGUGGUAGUUGUGGUGUUGCUUUGGUGCUGCUCUACUGUAGCUGUUAGCUCUGUGGCUAGCGCAUGCUACAUCAGUCAAGCACUCGUGUGGUGACUGUGUUAUUAGACAUUUGGUGUUUUGUGUAUUAUAUUGUUUCUAAUACAGUAUAUUAUGUAUAAAUAUGAUGAAGGAAAAUGUGACUGUAUGUUGAAGGGAUGAUUUAUGUCUGACUGUAUGCAAUAUCUUGAUGACAGUUUUCAUUUAUUUUUGUUGUUGUUUUGUCUUCCUUUGUUUAUGAAGGUAUCCCAAGCUUUUAUGGGAACCUCCUUGCUAACUGUGUUUCUGUUCUGUUCCUGAUAAUUUUAUUUCAAGCUCACAGGACUGACUUGUGUAGGAACGAGAGCCAUGCUCGAGUGAUGUUCAUAGAGCAAUAUUCAUAGAAAAUGUAGAUACAGUGGGGGAAAAAGUAUUUAGUCAGCCACCAAUUGUGCAAGUUCUCCCACUUAAAAAGAUGAGAGAGGCCUGUAAUUUUCAUCAUAGGUACACGUCAACUAUGACAGACAAAUUGAGAUUUUUUUUCUCCAGAAAAUCACAUUGUAGGAUUUUUAAUGAAUUUAUUUGCAAAUUAUGGUGGAAAAUAAGUAUUUGGUCACCUACAAACAAGCAAGAUUUCUGGCUCUCACAUACCUGUAACUUCUUCUUUAAGAGGCUCCUCUGUCCUCCACUCGUUACUUGUAUUAAUGGCACCUGUUUGAACUUGUUAUCAGUAUAAAAGACACCUGUCCACAACCUCAAACAGUCACACUCCAAACUCCACUAUGGCCAAGACCAAAGAGCUGUCAAAGGACACCAGAAACAAAAUUGUAGACCUGCACCAGGCUGGGAAGACUGAAUCUGCAAUAGGUAAGCAGCUUGGUUUGAAGAAAUCAACUGUGGGAGCAAUUAUUAGGAAAUGGAAGACAUACAAGACCACUGAUAAUCUCCCUUGAUCUGGGGCUCCACGCAAGAUCUCACCCCGUGGGGUCAAAAUGAUCACAAGAACGGUGAGCAAAAAUCCCAGAACCACACGGGGGGACCUAGUGAAUGACCUGCAGAGAGCUGGGACCAAAGUAACAAAGCCUACCAUCAGUAACACACUACGCCGCCAGGGACUCAAAUCCUGCAGUGCCAGACGUGUCCCCCUGCUUAAGCCAGUACAUGUCCAGGCCCGUCUGAAGUUUGCUAGAGUGCAUUUGGAUGAUCCAGAAGAGGAUUGGGAGAAUGUCAUAUGGUCAGAUGAAACCAAAAUAUAACUUUUUGGUAAAAACUCAACUCGUCGUGUUUGGAGGACAAAGAAUGCUGAGUUGCAUCCAAAGAACACCAUACCUACUGUGAAGCAUGGGGGUGGAAACAUCAUGCUUUGGGGCUGUUUUUCUGCAAAGGGACCAGGACGACUGAUCCGUGUAAAGUAAAGAAUGAAUGGGGCCAUGUAUCGUGAGAUUUUGAGUGAAAACCUCCUUCCAUCAGCAAGGGCAUUGAAGAUGAAACGUGGCUGGGUCUUUCAGCAUGACAAUGAUCCCAAACACACCGCCCGGGCAACGAAGGAGUGGCUUCGUAAGAAGCAUUUCAAGGUCCUGGAGUGGCCUAGCCAGUCUCCAGAUCUCAACCCCAUAGAACAUCUUUGGAGGGAGUUGAAAGUCUGUGUUGCCCAGUGACAGCCCCAAAACAUCACUGUUCUAGAGGAGAUCUGCAUGGAGGAAUGGGCCAAAAUACAUAGGAACAGUGUGUGAAAACCUUGUGAAGACUUACAGAAAACAUUUGACCUGUGUCAUUGCCAACAAAGGGUAUAUAACAAAGUAUUGAGAAACUUUUGUUAUUGACCAAAUACUUAUUUUCCACCAUAAUUUAAAAAUAAAUUCAUUAAAAAUCCUACAAUGUGAUUUUCUAGAUUUUUUUCUUCUCAUUUUGUCUGUCAUAGUUGACGUGUACCUAUGAUGAAAAUUACAGGCCUCUCUCAUCUUUUUAAGUGGGAGAACUUGCACAAUUGGUGGCUGACUAAAUACUUUUUUCCCCCACUGUAUGUAGCAUAUCAAAUGGGGUUAAUCUUAAAGGUACACUACUAAACAAGAUGGGUCAUACACAAUGGGGUGACCUCCUACCUACAUCAACAGAGACUUCAAUUCACCGUUCGCUAAGCCCCGUCCCAGAAUUUUCGGCAAUCCAUUGAAGUGCUACAGUGGAUAGCAACUGUCGCUAACCAAGCUUGAGUCCAACGCAUGGACAAGCUCUCAUUUCAAAAGUAUGGAAGCCAAUGAGGGCAAUGGCAAAAGCGGAGAGUUUUCAUACAAAAAUAAGUUAUUUAAAUGGCUAAAUAAUUUAACAGUACACCAGGGGUACUUGGGACUGUGAUUCCUGAAAUUCAGUGCCUGCAGAUGGAGUAUUUUUACGAAACCGAAAUUAUACUUUUGUUGCAUUGUUUGAUAGCUGGUUAGCUUGCUAGCUUUCAUUGACCAAUGUUGAAAAUGUUGCUAAUGCUAGUUAACUAGCUAGCCAGUUAAUAUAACUUGUAUUCGCCAAAUGUAUGUUAAAUAGCUAAGUUAGCUAUAUUAUUAAUAUAACUCACUGCUGUCAACAUCCGUACACAAUUUGAGAGCACUACUGAGCUCCAAAAGUGUUUAGUAGCUUUGACUGCAUGCUGACAGUGCAUUCAGAGCAAUCCAGUGGCUAGCCACAGUACAAACUUCAUUUUAUCAGGUUCCCGUGAAGCAAUUGUAAUGACAGUCCACCAUAACAUUCCCGAGAGUCUUCUGAUUAGCAAGGGGUAGUCUGUGUUUAAUUUCAUUGUGUAUUAAAAACACAGUUUGAGAUCAUUGUGAGGGGUUUUCUCCAUUGGUUUGAAUGGGGAAUUGGACUUCCCGGGACAAUUUGAAAACGAGGUAGCAACCAUAACCAGGGGGGUGGGGCUUAGCAAAGGGUGAUUUAUUGGCUCUUCACAAUAUCACACCCUUCCUUGUAUGAUGAUGUCAUUUUGCUGACUGUACCUUUUAAAGUUUCUCAGUGUUUACAGUCUCAUUGCCAGACUUAAGUGUUUAUCAUAGUCCAAAACGUGUACGUGUAUGCACAGCAGUGUUCUAGAAUAUUGGACUGUUGGCUUUCAUACUUUUUGAAUUCUCAGCGCAGCUCAAGCAAUUUCUCCAACUGUCAACACAUUCAAAUUAAUAGAUGACGCGUUCCAGUGCCGUGUUGGUUUGGAAUUGUGGGAAGGUGCGCGUUUGGGCUGUGCCUCCCCCGCAGAUGGUCUCGGAGUCAUGUAGCUAUGUCACAGUGGGACCCCGGACUAUAGCGUCUCAACGUCUGUGGACUAUGACUUACGCUUUACACCACGUGUCCCUUCAACGUUCUCACCGUGGCUUAUUACAUGAUACCUAUGUGAUAAUAUGACUGUCAGAGUGUUGUGGUCUGUAGUUGUUGAUUGUGUAUCGCUCUUCAUCAUAGGAAAGUGGUUAAUCUUCCAAUAAGAAAACAAUGAAUAUGAGUGAGUGUUGAGGUAUACCCAGUCCUAUGGAAAUACUUUUCCAGCUAUCUUCAGAUCAUGACCCUCAGCCAUGAUACUCAUCCAGUCCCAACCAGCCAACAGAUAUGGAUUGACUUGUAAAGAAGGAGCUAGCUACUCCACAGGAUUAAGAUAAAUAACACCCUCUCUCUUUUCCCAGACUUGAUCUUUGUUCCAUCAGAUUACUUUAUCCUCUUCCUCAGUAAUCAGGAACCCAGGGGAUCACUUUUUUUUAGUUUUAGAUUAUGUUUCAUCCAAACAAUUUUUGUAUUUGUUUGCUGGGUAUUUGGCAUCAUCCAGAAUCUCCUGGCUAGCAUUUUUGGAGCUUGUAGCAAUGCUAGUGGAAACAGAUUGAACCAGUUAGCAUUGCAUUCAAAAGCAUGGGGAACAAGCCCUCUGUUGCUCCUCUAGGGCUGUCUGGACCUAUCAGAGGACCCAGGCAGAGGAGAGAGGGGAAAAGGAGAUGACAGUGGUAAAGGGAAAGGGAAAUAGCAGUGAUUGGAUAGAGAGAAAAGAGAGAUGGCAGUGAUUUGGAUAGAGGGAAAGGGAAAUAGCAGUGAUUGGAUAGAGGGGAAACGGGAGAAAUCAGCCCCAUGUGAUUUCCUCCUCAGCAUUCUCCCACCAUCUGUGAAUGAGCUCUGACUAGAUUAGUGUCAACCGGCUGAUGAUGAGUUUGGUUUUGCCUCUUGUAGGUUGGUGGGCCGCUACUCUCCCUCUGCACCAAUUACUGGCUAUUAGGGUAGUUACUGAUCUCUCUCCUCCCUCAGCCCCUCGUAGGAUUUCAUGGAAGACAACAUCUUUCUUGUUCUCUUUAAAGGGGCAAUCAGCAAUUGCUACAUCCAUUUCUGGACUUAUAAAUGAAUGAUAUGUACCCAUUGAUUCUUGAAGAAUAAAACAUAUAAAUGCCUCAUGUGCUUAGUUCAACUGUCCUAUCCAAGCAGAACUCAAAAUAUAAGCAUUUUUUUACUACAGUUGUAAACAAUGUAAAUGUAAACAAACACUAUAUAUCGCAUCAAAACAUGGUUAAAACUAUAAUGUUGAUAUCAUGGAUGGUAUUUAGUAUAUGUAUUUAUUAAGGAUCCCCAUUAGCUGCUGCCAAGGCAGCAGCUACUCUUCCUGUGGUCCAGCAACAUUAAGGCAGUUAUAUACAAUUUAAAAUAUUACAUGACAUUACAUAUCAUAAUACUUUUCACAACACAUUAAGUGUGUUUCCUCAGGUCACUACUCUACUAUCACAUAUCUACAAUACAAAAUCCAUGUGUACGUGUGUGUAUGUUAUGAUGUGUAUGUGUGUCUGUGCCUGUGUGUCUCUUCACAGUCCCUGCUGUUCCAUAAGGUGUCUUUAUCUGUUUUUUAAAUCUGAUUCUACUGCUUGCAUCAGUUACCUGAUGUGGAAUGGAGUUCCAUGUAGCCAUGGCUCUAUGUAGUACUGUGUGCCUACCAUAGUCUGUUCACUUGGGGAUUGUGAAGAGACCUUUGGUGGCAUGUCUUGUGGGUGUUGCAUAGGUGUCUGAGCUGUGUGCUAGUAGUUUAAACAGACACCUUGGUGCAUUCAGCAUGUCAACACUUCUUUGAAAAACAAGUAGUGAUGAAGUCAAUCUCUCCUCCACUUUGAGCCAUGAGAGAUUUACAUGCAUAUUAUUAAUGUUAGCUCUCUGUGUACAUUUAAAGGGCCAGCUGUGCUGCCCUGUUCUGAGCCAAUUGUAAUUUUCCGAGGUCCCUCUCUGACCACAAGACUGAACAGUAGUCCAGGUGCGACAACACUAGAGCCUGUAGGACCUGCCUUGUUGAUAGUGUUGUUAAAAAGGCAGAGCAGCGCUUUAUUAUGGACAGACUUCUCCCCAUCUUAGCUACUGUUGUAUCAACAUGUUUUGACCAUGACAGUUUACAAUCCAGGGUUACUCCAAGCAGUUUAGUCACCUCAACUUGCUUUCCACAUUAUUUAUUACAAUAUUUAGUUGAGGUUUAGGGUUUAGUAAAUGAUUUGUCCCAAAUACAAUGCUUUUAGUUUUUGAAAUAUUUAGGACUAACUUAUUAUUUUGCCACUCGUUCUGAAACUAACUGCAGCUCUUUGUUAAAUGUUGCAGUGAUUUCACUCGCUGUAGUAGCUGACGUGUAUAGUGUUGAGUCAUCCGCAUACAUAGACACACUGGCUUUCCUCAAGGCCAGUGGCAUGUCAUUAGUAAAGAUUGAAAAAAGUAAGGGGCCUAGACAGCUGCCUUGGGGAAUUCCUGAUUCUACCUGGAUUAUGUUGGGGAGGCUUCCAUUAAAGAACGCCCUCUGUGUUCUGUUAGACAGGUAACUCUUUAUGGGUUAGGGAUCGCUAUCACUGGAUUUUCUCUGUAUUUUCCCCUUUUUUUCUGUCUUUCAGAGUGGAUAAGAUGUCUCUGACCACGAUGACUUCAUUCACAUCUGAAAUUGAUUUUCAACUGGUUUCUUCUUAAAUAGUAUUUUCUUAUUUAUUUACUCUAUCUGCGAGGCACUUCACAUCAUAUGUUAUGAAACAUGUUACAUUUAGACCACACAUUAUCCAGAGUUGUUUGCUAAUUGAAAUAUACAUGGACGGGCUAAUAGAAGACGUGAAACUUAUAGCCGUGUAUAAGUCUAAAGUGGGUGUGCUUCUUCCUAAGUCAGAGCAGUGAUUCAGCUAGGAAGUAGUCAGUUGUAGUCAUCUUUGGGACACGUUGUUUUUGGUCUCUCAGGGCGUUGUUUGUCCCAGCUUCUGGGGACCAUCUGGGGCAAAGAUUCCGGCCUGGAGGCUGGGUUCGGGCAGGGUUAGGGUCAGGAGAAGGGGUUUGGACUAAAGCUGGGACUGGGGGUUGGAGCUGGGACUGGGGGUUGGGGCUGCAGGGCUGGGCAGAGUUAGGACCAGGAGAAGUGGUUUGGGCCUGGAGCCAGAGGCAGAGGGUUGGGGCUUGGGCUGUUUGCUGUGAACCAGAGACUUAAGGCUGUGGCUAGUCUGUGUCUGACUUAGAGGGAGAUGGGUGUACGUGUGUGUCUCAGCGGCAGGCGAUCCUUAUCCAGCCUGACGUGGAAAUUAUGUUAGCAUUUUUAUUUCCCCGGCUCUGCUAGUCCGUCACCGAAACCUGCCCUGACAGGUCCUGUCCACCAGGCAAGUUUGGAUCCCCCCUCUCCCCUCCGCGGCCCUCCACGCUCCUCCAUCGCGCUACCCCUCAGACGCUAGCCGGUUAGCCUGCCGCCUCUGCGGAAGCAGGUAGAUCGAUAACGACAGAUGCCAGGGCCAGCGAGCAUCCCUGUUUGAGGGUGUGUGUCACAGGGCAGCCCUGGGCCUUCACUGUCGAAGACAGAGCAGGGCAGAGCAGAGCAGGGAGGGCUAGGCUAGCUAGCUCACAGUCUAUGGGAGAAUCUCAAUUGCAUACUCCUCAUGUCCUCUCUCCUCGCCUCCUUCUUAAAGCCCAUUGGAGGAGAAGAUCAGAGGGGAGGGACCUCUGGCUUUCUCAUCCAAUUGGUUUUGAGAAGGAGGCGAGGAGAGAGGAUACGAUGAGUAUGCAAUUGAGAUUCUCCCUUUGACUCCAUCCCAAAUAGAACCCUAUUUGCUAUAUAUUGUGCAUUACUUUGGCCAAAGGCCUCCCUUGUUUACUUCAUACAAAGAAAACGGCUCAAACGGCAAACUCAGAAUGACUUACUAACUAUGGUGUGUUAGGGGUGCUACUGUCCAGUCCGUGGUGUGUGUGUUUCUUUGUCCCUCCUCAGUGUGUGUUAUUGGGAGGUAUGGGAGAGGGUAGACGUGUGUGUGACUGUCUUUCUGUUUGGGUUUGGUGUGUGUUCUGUUCAGUCUGUAGUCUGGGCUCAUCCUUCCGUUCUGUGGGUCGUUCGUUAUCUCUCCACUGUCCCCGGAUCAUUUUUGAAUUGAAUACUCUUUAAAAAAAACUAUUGAUAGCUCCAUGAUAGUCCCACCUGAUGAUAGCUAAAAAUAAAAAAAUAAUCUAUCAAUUAUUGGAUUAGUUUCAAUGUAAGGGGAAAAACUUCAGCACAUUGCUGAGCUACUUUAGGAGUGGUGAGCUCAUCUGAAAAUGAUUCCUAACCACAAAACAGGAUUUUGAUAACGUCCCACAGUCCCACAGUUUUGUUUCAUUUUCCAGAAGCACAGCUUUAUUCCCUCCCGUUUCACCUCGCUCUCUCUGUGGUCAUACAGUCCAUCUCUCUCAUUCACCUCCUUCACCUCAUCCAUCGCCUCCUCUUUUACCAUUUUGCACUAUUCUCUCCAUUCAGCUCACAUUUUGCGCAAUCACCAAUGUGUUUUAAAAUAGUUCUGAUUCAUUAUUGUCUAACCAUUUUAUUUUUACAUCAUUUUACAUCUAUCUUAAAUAAUUUGAUCUCUAUUUCCUGUGAUCUGUCUGUCUGUGAUGUCUGUUGAUGAUGUCUGUCUAUGAUGUUUGUCAUGUCUGUCUGUCUGUCUGUCUGUCUGUCUGUCUGUCUGUCUGUCUGUCUCUCUCAGUUCGGUCUGUCUUUCCGUCUCUCUCAUCAUGAUCAUCACCACUCUCUUCCUCCAUGUAAUCUGUCAUUUGUCUCUUGCACUUCUCCUCAGCCAAAUAUAAGUAUAAUGGAUAUGUCAGAUCACGUAAGUGUGUUUCUCUGUCCCUCCCCAUCCUUGCUUCUGCGACCAACCCCACCCAAACCCCUCCUCAUGUUUAGACCUGUACUAGUCGCCUCGCCAUAUCACCCCCCCCCCCCCCCCCCCCCAAGUAUUAAUACAAUGUUUUGGUUUGGUUUUUGUUCUCCACGUUUAGUUCUAGAACGCAAAGCUACCAUCUUAAAGUCUCUGCUGUACAUUAUGUGAAUUGAUGCAGUGGCCCUUGACACUAAUAACAGAGUUUGUCCACAAUGAUGAUGUGUAAAUUAAUCUUAUGUCUGUCAUUUUAUAAGCUCCCCUUCCUUCUUACAUCAGAAAUGCAUAGAUAACGUCACUAUAUUCUCACUAAUUGACCUAGCUAAUUCAGUACAAAACAGAUGCCUCCCUAACUGUAUAACAUAUGUCCUUUAUAUAUAUACUUAACAUACAGUAUAUUUGUAGUAAUUUAUUUAAGAUCCAUGCUCUUGUUCUUUGACGUUAUGUUCAGCCCAAUAAGGUUGUGUUUGUAUUGUGCUGCGUUGAGCAGCAGAGGGCGCUACAGCACCAGGGAAAACGGGAAGUCAAAAAGAGACCUGCGUUCGGUUCAAAGCAGAUUGCAAUUUAGGUAAAUCUCUCAGUAUAAAGUAUAGCGUUGACCAAAUGUACUCUUUUCUAUCCUGUUUCAUAUAGAUAAUGUGAAUGUUCAAUGCUGUUUGUUUGUUAUAACAUUAUUUUUUCCAGUUUUCAUACAGUUUUUUAAUAACCAUUUCAGAUGCUUACUGUAUAAUACACUGCUUUCUGUGUUUGACAUAACUACAGAAGUACUGUAUGAUUCCAUAACAAAAUAACUGUAAUGAUAAUAUUAAUGUUAACAAUAUUAUAAAAUAAUAUGAAUAAUACAGAAAUGCUAGUAAUGCAAUCCAUAAUAGUCCAUAAUGUUACACAGCAAAAAAUACCACAAACAUACUAUGAUACCAAUGUACUAUCCAGCACCGGUAAGCCUAAUAUUAAUACACACAUCAAACUUAGCUCAGAUACAAUAAACAAACAACAAUAUCUUCAACAGUAUUCUCUCUGCUGUCUUUUCCUAUCUGUGAUUUGCAUAGGACCCUGAUGGGGGCUUGCAUGCGUGAUGUCCCCGUCUUGUGAUUAGCAUUUCUGGUAGGGACAGUUGCCGUCUGGGCUGUUCUGAGUGCACAGUGGACCUGCCAGGGUGUGUGAACGUGCUCUAAUGCUGCGCGUGUUUGACAAGGGCCAGAUGAAUCCAGGAGCUAUCGGUGGCGCUCCGUAAAUCAAGGAGGCAGCUGACGGCUGGGAUAAACCUCUGUUUAGUGCCCUGGGGGGGUGGGGGGGACCGGCCAAGACCAUGACCGCGACACACGCCACGACACACACAACAACCUAACAACCUACUCUACCAACCGACUAACCAGCAGGAGGACAAGAGAACACUUCCCCUGCGCUCCCCCACUUUGAAGACCAGCUAUUUGGUUUACCUCCCUUUCUUAAACCUCUUUCCCUCCUCUUUUCCUCCUCUUUUCCUCUCCCUCCUCUUUCCCUCCUCUUUUCCUCUCCCUCCUCUUUCCCUCCUCUGUUCCUCUCCCUCCUCUUUCCCUCCUCUUUUCCUCUCCCUCCUCUUUCCCUCCUCUUUCCCUCUCCCCCCUCUUUCCCUCUCCCUCCUCUUUCCCUCCUCUUUUCCUUGUUGUCUCCUAUCCUUUUUUUUUGCUUUCCAUUCUUUUCUUUUCCUCCCUUCUGUGUGUGUUCAGAGAACAAUUAUAAUAGAAAUCAUUCCACUGUGGUUUUAAAUGUGCAUUUCCAUCUACCAAUACCGUAAGACAGUAUUAUGUGGAUUUGUCCCCUACAUUUGCCUGUAGAGGGGUUUGGGAAAUAAUUUGGCCUGACUAUUUUCAGACAGGCUGUGUUACUUCUUUGUUCUAACACGCUUUGUAGCUAAAUGGAAAGAGAGGGAGAAAAAAGCAGAAAAAGCUUUUAAUUAAUUCAUGUUUAUUAGGAAUGGCAAAGCAAAUGUCAUAUUGAACAUUUUAUUUUAAGCGUAUGCCAAGUGCCUAAGUGGUGCUAAGUAAAACCGAGGUGUCAUCGUCAAUUACUGAAAAAAUGAUGGCUGCUUUCAUGGCACACAUACAGGCCCUUCUCAAGUCAUCUUCAAGGGGGAAAUAAAUGGUCCAACAAUGAAAUUCACAUUAACUUUUCCCCCUUAAAAUAUUUAGUGAUUCAUUCACAUGCAGGGGAAAUUAUUAAUAAUUUAUAGAACAUUGUUUUAAUAAGGAUUUAUUUUGUGUCAGUGUUUGUAACUGCGUAUUAGCAUGUUUACUGUACAUGUUUUAAAAAAAUAAGCAGAAAUGUAAUCCAUAACAUUUAUCCUAAAAUGUAUAUAUCUGCUGAAUAUAAUGACAUGUAGCUUUUUUUAACACACAAGCUGCAUUCAAUUUAAUAUUUUACGGCACAAGAUAGUAAAGUAAAUACCAUUGUCAUUCUAUCUAUCUAGGAAUCUGUCUCCCCAGCCUUUCUUUUUUCACUCUGUUUAUUCUCCAUUGUUUGACAGUGAAGGAUGAAGUUAGAUCAUCUUUACAAAACCGAUCGAUUAAAAUUGCCAACUGCACCUCCUCCUCCAACUGCACCUCGCCCUCCUCCACCAUCACCUCUAAUGCCAUGCAUCCCCAAGCACCGCCUCGCCCCUCCCUCCACCAGAACCCCCCGGCCCCCCAGGGAGAGGCCACCGCCGUACCCCUCGUUAAUAACCGUAAAGGAAGCCUGCUUCCUCCGGGGGUGGGGCUGGGUCUUGGGCCCCACAGGGGGUUCCGCGUCAGUAUCUCAGGCCCCGGCAGGGGGGACACGGCUGGCAGGGUCCUGGCCGAACAGAGCAGGCUGAACCGGGCCCGCAGCCUGCCGGUGAAAUACUGUUACCACCCCAGUAACGCAUCUCUGCACGGCCACAGCAGCAGGUUCUGUAGGUUGACCCCCUUACCAGGAUGCAUCAGUCCCUGUCAGUCCCUAACACCCUGUACUGUCCUGUACUGUCACCCUGCGUCCGUCGCCUGCCUGCAUGCGGGUUUCACUGAGCUGCUACUAGAUGCUGCUGCUAGUUGUAAAUACCACCACCGCCGGCGCCACUGCUGCUGCUUUGCAUGAAGGCAGUUCUCAUACGCUCACUAAUGCAACACGCAGUGCUGUGUGUGUGGCUGCUAUGUAAUAGGACUAGUGGAUGACUUUGAAGGGUUAUUGGUACCUGGCGUAGUGAUAGAACACAUGUAGUCCUUAGUCCACCUGCAAAUAGAGGAAUUUAUACAAUGUGUUACUGUUUUAUUGCAUUUUUAUAAAUGCCCUGUGAAGUUUGGGUAGUUUUGAUUUAUUUGUUAUUAUAUUUAAGUGAUGUGGUGAUAGGGAAAUCGCUAACCUGAUCAUUGAGCCAACAACAGUCUGCUAUAUCAGUCUCAGAGAGAUUUGUGUAGAUAGCAGUUUAGUUUUCAAAGUACUGUAAUGUCAAUGCUACAGUAACAGUCACACACAAGCUGUGAUCCCCAUGAUGCAGUGCAGAACAUGUUGUUUCAUUGUUGAUUAUCUGAGUUUCGUUGUUGUGCUUCAAUCACACUCGUUUUUAACAUAACUGAUCUAUCACAAGGCCAAGGACAUGAAACUGGCUAGGCCCAGAGAUAUGAGCCUGGAUGUAUCCACUAAUAUAGAACAAUAAGCCAAUCAAUGAAGGGAAGUAAUAUUUUAUUCUGUGAUAUUUUCACAAAGUGGAUUAGACUAGAGAGAGAUGCAUUUGUAAAGUGGAAGCGCUUUCUUGUAAUAUUAGCUACUCAGGACGCUACAUUUGCGAAGCGGAAAUGUCAGAGAAUGGCAUUUUCUUAGGAGGCAAAGUCACAUUUAUAUAUUUUAUUAGUGCAAUUAGGUGACAGUCUAGAAGGGAUGCUCAGACAGAAAUGAAAUGUGCUCGGCGCAUUCAGCGCUUGCAGCAACGCAACAUUGAUUUGCAUUAAUAUCAUGCUGUGGUAUUGAUUUCUAACCAAAGCACUAAUACAGGGUUUGAAGUGACAGUGGCUUUGGCAUUUGUGUGCUGUGGAGAAUGCAGAGUGGAUAAGAAGAGUGCCUGGGUGUCUGACUCUUAAAGCCCUUGGAACUCACAGACAGAUGGUAAAAAAGAUCAGACUGGUGUUAGCUAAACUGAAAGUCUUUAGAGUAGUGGGCCUGGAUUUCUCUCUAGCUGUAUUUUUCUCUUAGUCUUCUGUCUGUCUGGGUUGGGAGAAAAGUUUUAAUCUCCUGCAGAGUGAGGAGUAGCUGAGAGGAAAAUAAACUUCUAUCAGAUCAAGCUAAUCUAAAACUUCACUGUGCUGUCUGACUUUAGUACAGUGGCCCGGAGAGAAAUAAUUAUUUUAAAAAGUUAUAGAUAUUUGUUAAAUUUUUUUGUGAUGCUCAGCAAGUUUGUUCCUUAAGUAUCUUUAAAACGUGUUAUAUUCAUAAUAAUGCAUACAUCCUAGAUUACUGAGUGUUUGCAAGGCCAGUAAUUUUCUCAGAUAUUUCUGUUAUUUUAAAGUUCUAGUUACUGUAAUGUUAGGCUAAUGCUAGGCUAAUGCUAGGCUACUCAAUCCUUUCCUGUUUGGAGGGCUGGUUGGGCAUGUGAUUGGCUACUCUGGGAUGCUCGUGCAGUCCUGAUUGGCUGAGUGUGCGUGGCAUGGAGCUUAGACCUGUAGAAGAGCCAUUGUGCUUCGUAGCUAGGGUUGGAAAAUUGCGGUAACUUUCCCAAAAUUGGAUUUCUGGAAAACCUGGGAAUUUGGGGAAAGUUACUUGAAUUUUGAAACCCUAUCCAUAUCUAGAGCUGGAAUGAUGGGGUGGGGGUCUGCCACAUUAGUCAUCCAUUCAAAACAACCAAAUUGCACAGAAUCAUCCUCUCUCUCUCUCUCUCUCUCUCUCUCUCUCUCUCUCUCUCUCUCUCUCUCUCUCUCUCUCUCUCUCUCUCUCUCUCUCUCUCUCUCUCUCUCUCUCUCUCUCUGUGUGUGUCUUUAUCUCUCUAGCUCUGUCAUUGCUUUUGUCCACCUUGGCCUACUGACAAUAACAGUCUGUCCUAGUCACAUGGCCCGUAUUGGCUGGCCUAGGAAAGUAUUGUCACACUGAUGCAGACUGCUAUUGGUCCAACCACACACAGACUAGACUGGAUCUAAAGAUUGCCACUGGAUCUAAAGACAUACUGGAUAUAAAGUGAUCCACUCCUACUGUAUAGAACCUAGUCCAGAGGAACAGAACCAAAGGGGGUGGGCUUUGGUGGAGUGAGCCGAUGGCAAAUUUGUCAGGUCUUACUAGGUGGUAUUUCUCUUCGUGUUUUUUUCUCCUGCCUUUCUCAAAUGUACCUUUGUCCGCUACUAACUAAUGUGUUCUCUUUCUGACGGUCUUCUCUCUGACUCUGACAUAUUGUUAUUUUUGUAUGAGUUUUUUGUUGUUGGUGUUGAGUUUAUUUUGCUAUGGUUGAUUGAUUGAGUGUUGGCUUUGGUGUUCUUUGACGUGUCAGUUCCAGCUCACAUUAACCUCCCCGUCUGUCCAUAGCCUGACACUCUUUGCAUGUGUUUGCAGUUGAAGAUGAGCACCCGUCAACUCUGUCGCCCAAAAAAAAGCAGCGGAAUGGAGGCAUGCGAAACUCACCCAACAACUCGCCCAAAAUGAUGAGGUAAGACAUUGAUUUGAUGCUUCAAACAGAAAGAUGGAGAGGAAGUGUGAGGGUGGGAGGAAGGAGAGAGAAAGAAAGAGAUGGAUGGAUGGUGGAAGGGGGGAACGAAUAAGAAGGAGAGUAAGAAAGUCAGAGUGAGGAGUGGGAGAAGGAGAGACGGGUAGAUGGUGGUGGUGGUGGGAUGGUUGGAGAAGGAGGGGAGCCGAGCGAAUGAGUGAGAGAGGAGAGGGGGAAGAAAGUGAGAGUGAGAAAAGGAGAGGACAGCUGGGCUGGCAUGCUGUCAGACAGUGGGUAAUGACAGAGCUGGAAUAUUUCUGUCAUGAAAGACAGAGUCUGUGAGAGGAGGAGGAACUGUUUGAAAAACAAAUCCUCUGGCUUUAAAGUGUCAUCUGUCACCCCUUCACCCCCCCCUCCAACCCCCCUCCAGUCCCGUCCACAUGUAGUCCUUAAACAACGCUGGCACUAACGACACCAGCAACCAAUCAGAGUCCUCCCCGUGGUUCCUCUGCCCCGGGGCAGUGGGAUCUAUUGUGGGAACCCCUGCGACCACUGUUUCUGCUACUUAAGGCCAUAUGCGAGAUGUAUCAUUGCAAUCAAAAAUGAAUUUGCAAUAUUACCUUCCUUUUAUCCUGUCCUCUGGAAUUAAAUUGCAGUUAAUUGAUUUUGAAAGAUAAAAGGGUUUCGUUUUUUGUGCGGGAAGAGAGAGACAGCAGUAGGAAUGCGACAGCGUGAAAAUGCCGAGCGAGAGAGAGGGGAGGCUGUCCAAUCGGGGUGGCAGGGUGGAAGCACAGUGGUGAAGAUGGGAGAGAACAGGGACACAGCAUAGUUCCACUCCCUUUUAAAUUAGUGAUUGUUGGGGCCCUGUCUUAUAAAUAUACAAUAGACAUCUCCUAAUGGUGCUGUGUAUUUUAUAAAUAUACAAUAGACAUCUCCUAAUGGUGCUGUGUAUUUUAUAAAUAUACAAUAGACAUCUCCUAAUGGUGCUGUGUAUUUUUUGUCAUGCAAGUCACAAAAUGUUUGGAGUUGAAGAGCAUAUAUUUAAGGCAUCAUAUAGCAUUCGAUCUUGAAAAAACAUCUCUUAAAAUUUUAUAAAAAGUACUAUGAAAGCAUACAUAGGGAUACAGUAAAAUGUAUGUGCUUUUCUCGAUCAAAUGACUGUUUCAGAACUAUCUUUCACUCACAAGAGAUUCUUAAACUAUUAUGAAAAAAAUAAUGAAAGAUUCUAUAAUUAUGUUUGCAAAUUUCUUCUCACAAAAGUAACUCAUUUUCUCAUAUCUUUGUGUCAAUUGGUAGAAAGGGUGGUGCUGUUCAUUUAAACAUUGUCUUUUAGUUAAUAGGAUAGUUUUCUGUGUACUGUAUGUUCUCUGCAAAGCUAAAUCGAUUCCUUUAGUGUGCUUUGUGUGGAAGAGUUGUUACUAGGUCCCAUUAGGGCACCUUUGAACAGCAUCCAAAAUAAGUCCUUUGAUUUAUUGUAGGUACUACUUGUCCACGGGGUGGUUCUACUAAGCUAACAUAUGGAAUUGUUUUAAGAUGGUCAUAGCAAGGAUCAUUUAGCUAUUUGAUUUGGAGUUUUAGGACCCCUUAAGGUAUAUCCCCAAAAAAAUAUUUACAAAAAUAUUUGAUAAAACAUUAAAUUUGGCCUUACUGCUGUUAGCCCAUAGAAACACAUUGAAUAACAGAUUCAUACAUGGAUGAACAGAUAGUCCCCCAAAAAAUUUAAAGAAUGAUCUGAGAGAUAUAUAAGAAAGAUCAGGAACCACAAAAGUAAUUAUUUGACAAGUAAUUUUAAGCACUAAACUAUCUACAUUCAUUUUUUAAACUGGUACCUGGCUACAUUCAGACUAGCCUUGUGAGGCUUGUGGGCGUCCUAGAGCAAAAAAUGAACGUGUUCGUGAGAGUCUCGUAUUUCCAUAGAGGGGUCAUAGUAGUCUGUAGGCCAAACCGUUCGGACGCUACAGACGUUUUCAUGAGAAGACCGAUUUUCAUGAUGUCUCAUGGUCUGGUAAACACCGCUCUAGCUCUGCCACCUUUCACCGCAGAUGCAGAAGGGCAAUAUCUCUCGCUUAAACUGACAGAUUUCUAUGGGGAUUUUUUUUUUUAAUGCUAAUUAGAUUUCAGCGGGGGAGCGGACAUCGACCUUAGGGCAUUUAAAAAGAGGAAACUGAUACAAAAGAGAGAGAAAUUGGCACGCUUCCAGCUAACUGCUAGUUUAUAUGGCUGCUUAGUUUUUGUUUCCUAACUUAAAGCAAUAAACCUUUUUUUUCUCUCGUUCUCUCCUCUGCUGAGGAGAUGGUCCCUGUUUGCCAUGUAAUAUAUGCAUCUCCACUUUGAUCUUGCAGUGAUAAUAAUUCUUGGGAGUUAUUUACUUGGUUUUAAAAAACGCUUCAAAGCGGUGUCAAAGUUGUCUCUGCUUUAGGGCUGCUUCUGUAUUCUGCUGGCUCUUGGGUGCUGUGGAUGACAGGUCCUCUGUUCUAGGUGUAGGCUUUUUCAAGUCAUAGCCCUCAGCAAAACAUCAGAUUACCCAGCGCCGACCACAGCACCCCCCCCCCCCCCCCCCCAAUGCCUGUCAAUAUAUAUAUGAUACCAUAUAUAUUAAAUAAGCUUUACAAGUUGGAUUUUAUGCGCAAUGAAAAGUGAUUGUUUGAGGUAGCCUUAGGGACACUUUACUCUACAAGCAAGGAGGGGAAAAAACGCAGCAAAGAGAGCGAGCUAGCGAGAGAGCGAGAGAGCGUAUACCAUAUCUAGUCUGGUUUUUACAGGACUUGCUGCCUGAAGGCCUUUGUAAAUAAAUAAUGAUCAACAGAUUGGCUGUGGGUUUUUGAAAAUCAUGCCUUUGUCAGUUUGCAUGAUGGGUAGAAUUUUCAAAGCGAGAGGCUGCCUUCAUAGCCUGCUGGAGAGGGAUUGGGGGAGCACACAUCCCAAGCUAGCGACUGCCGAAUGAUGCAGUGGAAUAACUCAACUCUGUUUUGAAAUAUACACUGAGGGAGAGAGGGAGAGGGCAAUUUCUCUUCUGAUAGGGGCUGUCUCUCAUUGCCUAGGCUACUGUACAGUUAGGCCUUUUCUUUAGAGAAGGCAGUUAAAUGCAAAUACGGUGCCCUCCGUAAUUAUUGGGACAGUGAAGCCUUUUUUCUUCUUUUGGCUCUAUACUCCAAAAGUUCGAUUUUAAAUAAAACAAUGACUAUGAGGUUAAAUUGCAGAUUGUCAGCUUUCAUUUGAGGGUAUUUAAAUCCAUAUCAGGUGAACCGUUUAGAAACUACAGCACUUUUUGUAAAUAGUCCCCCCAUUUUUUAGGACCAAAAGUAUUGGGACAAAUUCACUUAUGUGUAUUAAAGUAGUAAAAAGUUGAGUAUUUGGUCCCAUAUUCAUAGCACGCAAUGACUACAUCAAGCUUGUGACUCUACAAAUUUGUUGGAUGCAUUUCAUUUGCUGUUUGUUUUGGUUGUGUUUCAGAUUAUUUUGUUCCCAAUAUAAAUUAAUGGUAAAUAAUGUAGUGUCACAUUUAUUGUAAAUAAGAAUAGAGUAUGUUUCUAAACACUUCUAAAUUAAUGUGGAUGCUACCAUGAUUACGGAUAAUCCUGAAUGAAUCGUGAAUAAUGAUGAGUGAGAAAGUUACAGAUGCAUAUCAUACCCCUAAGACAUGCUAACCUCUCACUAUUAUAAUAACAGGGGAGGUUAGCAUUUUUUGGGGGGUAUGAUAUUUAUGCCUCUAACUUUCUCACUCAUCAUUAUUCAAGAUUCAUUCAGGAUUGUUUGAUUUCAAAUCCAAACGUUUGGAGUAUAGAUCCAAAAUAAUAAAAAAUGCUUCACUGUCCCAAUAAUUACGGAGGACACUGUAUGUUGCAAUGUACAGUACAUUUACACUGGUCAUUAUCUAGCCAAUUUAAUAUUAAUGUUCUACAAAAUGUUUUUGUAUUGUAAGAUACAGUAUAAAUCCAUAGCAUCUUAAGCUAACACACACACUUUACUGUAAGCUGAUACAGUACAAGAAGGACAGUUACCCCCGACAGGGAAAGCCAACACAGCACUGGAUAGAUAUCUGAUAUCUGAAAAUGUUAGUCUGGGGGCCAGCUCAGCCUGUGCAAAUAUAAAGUAAUUUCCCAAUCAGCCAAUCAGAAGUGUCAUUGAGCUAACGAGCUGUGUUCGGCGUUGCACGCAUUCCUCGCCAACCGUGCUCCUGGACAGGAAAUAACACCAUUCUCACAGACCCUUUUGAUGGGUCACGAGACGCGUCUAAUUGGGGUAAAGUCAGGACACACGUUCACCACGCGUAUAUCUCCUGGCGUGGUGUGGCUGACGCAAAUGUCAUGCCUGCUACCGUCCAGUUCACCCUGGUUGGUUCUAGGGUAGAGGAGAGAGAGUAGAGGAGAGGAGAGAGAGGAGAGUAGAGGGGAGGAGGAGGGGAGAAAAAGAGUGCAGAGGAAAGGACGAGAGGAAAUAGGAGAGGAGGGAGAUGGUCCUCUGUAGCUCAAUUGGUAGAGCAUGGCACUUGUAAUGCCAAGGUAGUGGGUUUGAUCCCCGGGACCACCCAUACGUAAAAAUGUAUGCACACAUGACUGUAAGUCGCUUUGGAUAAAAGCGUCUGCUAAAUGGCAUAUUAUUAUUAUUAUUAUUAGAUGAGAAGAAGGGAGAGGAAGGGAAGCGAGGCAAGAGAAGGGUUACAGGGCUCUUGACAAACAGGAAGACAGGCAGGCAGUCACACCGCUGACAGUUGUGUGAAAGAUAGCUGUCUUUGGCAGUGGAGGAGGAGGAGGUGCCUGCCUGCCUGCACCAGUCAGCCCCCACGUGCCCAGAUUGAAGUGACAGGGGCUCAUGGAAAGUGAGUGGUGCAACAUGCGGCUCAGAAUGAAAUAUUCAGCCUGGGUGUAAAAGCACUAAAUGUUGUCAUAGUGUGAGUGUGAGAGUGUGAGAGAGUGUGAGAGUGUGAGAGUGUGAGAGUGUGUGAGAGAGGUGAGUGUGUGAGAGAGGUGAGUGAGUGAGUGAGGUGAGUGAGGUGAGUGAGGUGAGUGAGUGAGUGAGUGAGUGAGUGAGUGAGUGAGUGAGUGAGUGAGUGAGUGAGUGAGUGAGUGAGUGAGUGAGUGAGUGAGUGAGUGAGUGAGUGAGUGAGUGAGUGAGUGAGAGUGUGAGAGAGAGAGAGACUAAUUUACACAUCUUUCAUGUGAUAUUUCUUGCAAUGGAAUGAACAGAGAGAGUUUGAUUGAGGAAAUGUGCUGUAUGUCCCGUGAUGUUUUCUCACACUUUAUGCCAAUGUCACCCUCAUAAAGAGUGCUUUUUGCGUCUCUUUGAUAUUUUAAGUAGAAAUUGUGCACCAACAUUUCAUUUUAAAAGCAUGUUAUAUUAAAUGAAUGCCCUUUAAUAUAGACCACAUAUAAAAUUCAAUAAAUCAGAUUUUUAAUAUAAGUAAAAACUUGCUUAAGUGCCAAAAUUCAGCAUUUUGACAUGUCCCUUCAUGCACCCUAUGUGACUUCUAGGAAGAUUUUAACCCACUUAACACAAACAUUUCUCCAAGUUUUCACCAUCAUUAUGAAGCCCUAGUUAUUUUGUAGCUUUGACAAAGUCAUUUAUGAAGAUUAUUAUGUAUUAUUAUUAUUUAAUUGUGCAAUUGUCUGGUGUUUUGUGGUGGAAAACUGAGCAGAUUUUAUUAAGUUGAACAUGUGCUCUUCAUGACAGAAUGUUAAAAUUAGGUGAAAUAUAUACAGUGAGGGGAAUAAAGUAUUUGAUCCCCUGCUGAUUUUGUACGUUUGCCCACUGACAAAGAAAUGAUCAGUCUAUAAUUUUAAUGGUAGGUUUAUUUGAACAGUGAGAGACAGAAUAACAACAAAAAAAUCCAGAAAAACGCAUGUAAAAAAUGUUAUAAAUUGAUUUGCAUUUUAAUGAGGGAAAUAAGUAUUUGACCCCCUCUCAAUCAGAAAGACUUCUGGCUCCCAGGUGUCUUUUAUACAGGUAACGAGCUGAGAUUAGGAGCACUCUUAAAGGGAGUGCUCCUAAUCUCAGUUUGUUACCUGUAUAAAAUACACCUGUCCACAGAAGCAAUCAAUCAAUCAAUCAGAUUCCAAACUCUCCACCAUGGCCAAGACCAAAGAGCUCUCCAAGGAUGUCAGGGACAAGAUUGUAGACCUACACAAGGCUGGAAUGGGUUACAAGACCAUCACCAAGCAGCUUGGUGAGAAGGUGACAACAGUUGGUGCGAUUAUUCGCAAAUGGAAGAAACACAAAAGAACUGUCAAUCUCCCUCGGCCUGGGGCUCCAUGCAAGAGCUCACCUCGUGGAGUUGCAAUGAUCAUGAGAACGGCGAGGAAUCAGCUCAGAACUACACAGGAGGAUCUUGUCAAUGAUCUCAAGGCAGCUGGGACCAUAGUCAACAAGAAAACAAUUGGUAACACACUACGCCGUGAUGGACUGAAAUCCUGCAGCGCCCGCAAGGUCCCCCUGCUCAAGAAAGCACAUAUACAGGCCCGUCUGAAGUUUGCCAAUGAACAUCUGAAUGAUUCAGAGGAGAACUGGGUGAAAGUGUUCAGAUGAGCAUCAACUCAACUCGCCGUGUUUGGAGGAGGAGGAAUGCUGCCUAUGACCCCAAGAACACCAUCCCCACCGCCAAACAUGGAGGUGGAAACAUUAUGCUUUGGGGGUGUUUUUCUGCUAAGGGGACAGGACAACUUCACCGCAUCAAAGGGACGAUGGACGGGGCCAUGUACCGUCAAAUCUUGGGUGAGAACCUCCUUCCCUCAGCCAGGGCAUUGAAAAUGGGUCGUGGAUGGGUAUUCCAGCAUGACAAUGACCCAAAACACACGGCCAAGGCAACAAAGGAGUGGCUCAAGAAGAAGCACAUUAAGGUCCUGGAGUGGCCUAGCCAGUCUCCAGACCUUAAUCCCAUAGAAAAUCUGUGGAGGGAGCUGAAGGUUCAAGUUGCCAAACGUCAGCCUCGAAACCUUAAUGACGGAGAAGAUCUGCAAAGAGGAGUGGGACAAAAUCCCUCCUGAGAUGUGUGCAAACCUGGUGGCCAACUACAAGAAACGUCUGACCUCUGUGAUUGCCAACAAGGGUUUUGCCACCAAGUAUUAAGUCAUGUUUUGCAGAGGGGUCAAAUACUUAUUUCCUCUCAUUAAAAUGCAAAUCAAUUUAUAACAUUUUUGACAUGCGUUUUUCUGGAUUAUUUUGUUGUUAUUCUGUCUCUCACUGUUCAAAUAAACCUACCAUUAAAAUUAUAGACUGAUCAUGUCUUUGUCAGUGGGCAAAACGUACAAAAUCAGCAGGGGAUCAAAUACUUUUUUCCCUCACUGUAUAUAUAUUUUUUACCAAGUUACAAUACCCAAAAGGUACUCAAUUGGUGGAACGGCCCAGAUAUACUGUAAGACAUAGGCAUUAUUUGCCUGUUUUGUAAAUAUAGAGUUAAUAUUAAUUUUAGCGUUUUCAGGACAUCCUUAGUGUUCUAACUUGUUCUUGUGUGCUUUGCAGACGAUGGCUUUGUGAACAUGUAAGGGUUUUUGAGGUGAUACUGACAGAGAGAGAGCUAUUUCCCUGUAGCCACAUGGUAGACACUAGACAGACAGAAGCCUUUGUAGUCUGGCCCCUGGCUAUCAGCUCAAAGCUACACUCUCUGACCCAGUGUUUCUCAAUCCAGUCCUCGGGGACCCCCAUGGGGUGCACAUUUUUGUUCUAUCACAGCACUAACACGGCUGAUUUAAUUACUGUAAGCAGCCUAGGUCACCAAGCCAUUGCUUAGUUGAAUCAGGUGUGUUGGUGCCGGGAUAGAAUAAAAAUGCCUACACACCAAUCAAAAUCCUUCCUUUUAUAUUCAGUCAGAAUGAGCCCGCGAUAUCGCAUUCAGAGAAGGAGCUUCGCUCGCCAAUUGUCUGUAUUGGAAACCCUUUCAGAGGACAUCCCAGAUCAUGUCUUGUAGAAUGAGUACAAACACAGUGGAACCAAUAUUACCAGAGUGACGGGACCCCCCCACUCUUCCAUGGUCAGUGUUAACGUUACACCUGAUAAACUCAGUGGCCUGUCACUGUGCAUCAGCCAGUUUGGAGGUGACACGCUGCUGAUGAAUCAUUCAUGGCCUUCAGUUGGGAACGCAAAAUGUGAUUGGGCAAAUUCCUGAAAUAUUUAAAGUGCGGUCCUGUUAGAGCUUUUACUGUUGGUAGCGCUGCGUCGUGAGCGAGCAGGACGGAGCUAAAAGCCGGUAAUUGACGCUCCAUUCUAAUACCUUUGUCAUCUUUGUCAGCGGUGACUAAUGCUGAGCGAUUUGUGCUUUUUGAGGUCGGUUUCGGUUCGAUAAUUAAAAAAUAACUGUUUUUCGAUUAUUACAGAAUAAACCAAUUAAUAAAAGUCCCAUGAUGGUAGUGACUGCCCAUGACUGCUUAACACUUAUUAACCAUCAUUUAGUCACGUUACUUUACUUCAAUAAAAUAUUUCCGUUGUCAUCAUCUCAUCUCUAUAGAGCUGCUGCCUAUGCUGUCUGACAAAAUCACAAUUUUGUAGUUCUUCAAAGUAGAUAAGACAUACUGCUGAAUACCAACUAUCAAUCACAUAGAUCAUGUGUUUUCAGGUAGAGAUACCCCGUGAAGCAACAGCUGCUCUCUAUAUCCCCUCACAAUAGAGCAUUCUCCUGUAUUUUCCGUAUCAGGUGUAAAAGAAACACAGACCAGAUUCACAAUGGAUUAUGGUCAUUGUAGUUAAUUACCAUGUUUUAUGCGUUAAACUAUCUAGAAUAUUGGCCUGAUGGAAACUACAACUCCCUACUACAUUGCACAGUUCAGGCUGGAUCUGAUUAAUCUCUAGAGAAACUGCAAUGUGCGCAUAGACCUCACAGAAAAAAAACGGAACGAAAUGGAAUUCAAAUAAUUGAACCGAUGUGUCAAUUAGUUGUUUAAAAAACAAAAAAUAUCAGAAAUGUUGGUUAAUCGCUCAGCAAGUGACACAGUGGAAACUCAGCCCUUGCUCUCUCCCCAAUGCUGCUACCAAUAUCCCUCAGCAACUCUGAUGACUGGGUAGCUGUGUCAUCUUGGGUUAGUGCAGAAAAGUGAUAGUGAGUGGUGGUUUUAGGUUUCAACCAAACCUAGGUAAUAAUACAACACAUAUAAACCAAAUACCAUCAACUGUAACCAUGGUGAGCUCAUACUGUUGUGUUGUGUACCCUCAGCAGGCAUGACCCUCUACUAAUCCCUGGGAACGAGCAGAUCGAGAACAUGGACAUGAAUGUGAAGCAGUAUGACUCCACGGGAAUGUUCCACUGGUGCCCGUCUAAAGAGAUUGAGAAGGUCAUCCUGGUGAGUGGUUUUCUGUCUCCCUGUAGUGUUGUCAUGACACCAGUAUCGCGAUACUCGGAAGUAGCAUGGCAAGCAAACAAAACAUGAAGCAGACUUAAUUUCUUGAGGAAAACCGUCCUGAUGUUGAGAACAAAAAAACUAACAGCCUUAUGUUGUCACCCACAGUUACAUUUGUUUCUUUUCCAAGCUAUAGAACACAAUAUUUGACCAAAAGCAGGUUUUUGAAGAGUUUAGACUGCCUUGUGUUUUCCUUUUUGCCAUGGAUAAUCGAGGAUCAUAGUAUUGUGAUACUGGUAUCAUGACAACCCUACUGUAGAGUUAACUGAGUUUAACCACAGUUAUUAACAUCCUGUGCAGGGAUACAGUACCUACCCAUCAACAGAUAUGGUAGGUGUUGUCCUACAGUACGUGUGACUCCGAAGAUGAUUUUCAGUUGUACAGUUUGAUGAUCUUACACUUUUUCCAAUCAUGUACAUGUUUACACUGUUUUUAGAUGCGUAGUAUGAUAACUAUUCUAAUGGAGUUGGACGUUAUUUGCACCUAUUGGGCCAAAAAUGAAGUAUUGUUGAGGUACAGUAGGCUCUAAAGAAACAGUUUCCCUCGCAUAACAGUAACAACCACAUACUAAUAAUGUAUAUCCACAUUUCUCUCAAUGCCUCUCUGUUGUUACAAGGUGAGUCGACUGUUUUCUAUGUACUGGGUCAUAGUAUAAAACCACCACAAGCAUGGCUUUGAAAAGCAGUUUUAUACACCUUACUCCUUGACCAUGUAGUGUAUCAACUGCAUUGAACUGUGCUGGGUUUACCUUGAGUCUAACACCUCAAAGGGUGGGACUGCACUCUGCCUCUCUCUGUUUUCUGACUGCUAUGUGUUUGUCCUCUUUUUUUCUUUCUUUCUUUCUUUCUUUCUUUCUUUCUUUCUUUCUUUCUUUCUUUCUUUCUUUCUUUCUUUCUUUCUCACUCUCAUUCCCUCUCUCUCGCCCCAUUAUUCUCUCUCGCUCUCACGCACCCCAAUAUUCUCUCUCUGUCUCCAUGUCUCUCUCCCUCCUCUCACUCUUUCUCUCUCCCCCUCUCUCCCCUCUCUCUCUCCCUCUCUCCCUACUCAGACCCGGAGUGAGGCAUCCAUGACGGUGUUGAGCGGCCAUGUAGUGGUCUGUAUAUUUGGAGAUGUCACGUCCGCUCUAGUGGGGCUGCGAAACUUGGUGAUGCCUUUGAGAGCCAGCAACUUCCAUUAUCACGAGCUGAAGCCCAUAGUGUUUGUGGGCUCGCUGGAGUACCUGAGGAGAGAGUGGGAAACUCUACACAACUUCCCCAAGGUCUCCAUACUACCUGUGAGUACCACUGUAAUAUGUACGGUUACAAGCCAAAGUUAUACAACUGACAACAUAAUGAACUUACAGUACCAUACUAUAGAAUGUCAUCAAUAUCAGUACUCUCUGUGAGUAGACCAGUCUAAUAACGCUCCAGGAUUCAAUACGAAAACCCAGCUGUACCGUUGUUAUUUUGAGACAGUUGACUUGUAUUUUCUCAGUUGACUUAUGAGAUCUCUUCCCUUUGUUGCCUCGCACUGUCCGAAUGGAAACAAUCUAAGGUGAAGGGUAAAAUGACUGUGAGCAGUGAUAAAGCAGUAAUAUCAGUAAUAGCAGUAUAGCAUUAAUUAGUGUUAUAGUAUUCCCUUUGUAGAUUUAUUUGUGAUUUGUUGUGGUUGUUAGUUGGUGUUGUUGUGGCUGUUCUUGUCAAUUCCACAACCGGUCCUGAAUUCAAUCUUCCAUCAAUUCAAAGCAGUGAAUCCUGCCUAUUCAUACAGAGUUUUAAAUGCACUGCAGCUGCCCUUUCUUGGCCAUUUCAGAUGUGAAACUCUGGCAUGGCUGCCUGCUUUAGAGCUUGUUACUUCUGCCUUGACUGAGUAUCAGAGAGCCCUAAGAAACCAAGGCUGUUAGCCUUCAGCGCCCACUACCCUUUAGAUUAGUCCACGUCUCUGAUUCCCCAGUGCCCAGUUAGAUCAGCUGAAUGUCACUGCCGCUAAAACUACAAUACUUGUUAUCUAAUCUCCCAAAGCACCCCUCACUUAGUCUCUAAUUAGUUUUUCUCUCCCCCUUCUUCUCUCUCUUCUCUCUCUCUGUCCGUCUCUUUUCUUCACCGCGCCUGAAGGGUACGCCAUUAAGUCGUGCAGAUUUAAGGGCUGUCAACAUCAACCUCUGCGACAUGUGCGUGAUACUGUCGGCCAAUCAGAACAAUAUCGACGACGCCUCGCUGCAGGAUAAGGAAUGCAUUCUGGCGUCGCUCAACAUCAAGUCUAUGCAGUUUGACGACAGCAUCGGGCUCUUGCAGGCUAACUCCCAAGGUAAGGACUGACUGGCCUACAAGAUACAAUACUGUUCUGGCUGCAGGGUAGAGGAGAGGGUAAGAGAGAAGGGAGAGGAGAGGAUCAUUUUACCACUUAAAUCAGUACCUUUUUUCAGCAUGGUAUAUAAACAUGGUAAAUAAAAUGGAAAGUGGUGUUCAACCUCCUAAAUAAUAUCCUUGAAUGAUGUGAAACCACAUCACUGUUGUUACUGUAUCUAUGUCUGGCAGACUGAGUGGAACAGAUUGUUGAUGCGUUCAGACAAACAGAUAAGCCUCAUGUCCCAUCAGGUCUCAUCAUAUUUAACCAGCCAGUACUAAUCACCAGACAGCCUUCUUCAGCUGUUCUUCAUGACAGUCCACCCUGUACCUCCUCCAUUAUUCUAAUAAUCAGUCCCUCCAGGAUCCUGCAGCAUUUAUUGUCAUACUUGUGGGAAGAAAUGCUUGAUUUUGCUGCUUCAAUUCUGACAUUUUGUAUGGCGAUUUGCAAUAAUUCUAUCCCAAUUUGUCAUGAAAAUGUGCUGAUUGUGAAAAAGUGUAUUCACUGGCUUCACUGAACUGUUUUAUCUUGUAAAAGUGCGGUGAUUGGUUAAAAUUGCGAGCCCUCUUUUUUUAGUGCAGUGACUGUUUUAUGCGGUAGUAGCGCAGUGAUUGGUCAACUUUGUAAACCAUCGCAUAAUAGGAGGGGAAUUGUUGAGAAGGAAAAACAUUUUGCGAUCAGAAAAUCCUGGAGAGACUGAAUCUUAUGGACCAACAAACUUCAAAGAAAAUGUGCCAAGCACUUUCACAUGAUUUAGGAGAAUGUCAAUGCAGUUAUUUCUCCUGGUCUGAGUGAGUGAUGUGCUGUCGUCACAAUGAGCAGACUAAAUCGGAGGUCUCUGUUACUCAUGGGAGCAGUAUUCACAGACAUGGAGGGCCUACACCAGUGGUUCCCAACCAGGGGUACAAGGACCCCUGGGGGUACUUGGCUUAUCCACAGGGGGGUACUUGAUAAGACUCCUGAGACCAUAGGCUUACUCGUAAAAAUGCACGAGGGGGUGCUCCAGGGGUGCUCCAGGGGUGCUCCGGGCAGAGCAAAAUUAAGUUGGUGGUACAGUGACCAAAAAAGGUUGGGAACCAAUGGCCUAUCACAGUGGUCGAUUGAUGAAGCCUAUUGUUAUCAAUGAGUUUGUCUUAUAUCAUCUGGAUCCAUUCCACUGAUAAAUGUUUCAGUUUAAGAGUGCACAUGCACACACGCGCAGGUGUACUAUAUCAUAGUGUAUUGCUUUGCGGAUUCCUUCCUCCCAGAGAAUAUCCUGUUCAGAUGUGAGGUGUGAAAUUUAAAGCAAGAAGGUGUACAUGAAUAAGUCAAGAGUUGUAUUACUAGGGAGACAUUCACAUGGCUGCGGUCUACGGUACGAUGUAGUCUGUAGACCGCAGAGCUAAGUUGUGCCUGGGGGCUGAGAGGGGUGGGUGGCCCUUGCAUUUGCUACUGUAUGGUAUGGAAGCUGUAAAUCAAUUUCCCUCUUGUUUGUAAGUAUUAGAAGUCUAGAGGAUUGCGUGCCAAAUGCAGUCAAACCAUUAUAAUGAAUCAAUGAUCUGUGUAGAACUCUCCACUUUUCUCCAUCUAACUUUUGGUCAUUUGCAGCCCAACUGAUUUUGACAUGUUGCCCUCUCUGUUGGAAAAUCUCAUUUUCAGAUGUAUUCACUUUAUCCAUUGUUAGUACUUUCACAAUUGGAUACUGUAUACUUGACUUCUUGUAUACUGUGAUCAUGUAAGAAUAAUGUUUUUUUAGAGUCAAUAUUCAAAACCCAGUUGUGGUUCUCUGGAGAUAUAAAUGUCAUAUUUUAUAGAUAUUAACAAAAUGAAGCAUACUCGUGAGUGAGCUUCCAGUCUCUGACUGCUACAAACCUUGCCUAUCCCCAGUUUCAGUAAUUGGUGUAACAAGAGUGUGGAUUAUUCAGUUUAGCCUCUAGUUUGUGAUGAAUGCUGAACUGUUGGUGUGUCCUCUGUAGUGUGGGGGGUGAGGAGGGUGAGAAGAUCUAUUCUGUACUGUAAAGCAGCCCCUCAGGUUCCUGCCAGAAAAUGACAACCCCCCCCCCCCCCCCCCCCCCCCCAUCCUCCAACUACUCUCCAAUGUCUAGCAUUUGCAAUCCUUUUAAAACUUUGUGACCUGAAUAUAUUCCCAUUAUGUUUUGUCGCUGCUGUGCUGUAGAACUAUGAGGUGGCGUUUUGCUUCAGUCAGCACUAAAUGAUGGAUGUCACAACACAGGCCAUGCAUUAUGUAUCAAGCAUUACUGAUUUAAGGCGUUGAGGAAAUGCAAAAAUGUGAAGUCAUGUGAAUUCAUACCCAUCACUCGCCUCUUGUAUUUCAUGGUCGAGAAUGUUCCUGAUAAAAGGUUUUCAGGAUCCACUUCGCCAAUUUUAUGGUAACAAAAUGAAGCACAUAUAAAAUGUAUGGAAGGCAGGCAGGUUGAUGGAAGGAUGAGAAUGCUAAAUAUGUCUCUCAGCUGACCCCUAAAAGCACAAUAUCCAUGUUGACAUUUUUAGGAAGCGCCUGCUUCAUUUUCCCCAUCCCUGUCUACGCAUCAUUCAAUCUGCACUUCUGAACAAUACAAAGAGCCCAUCUCAGUCAGUAAUCCCAGCAGCUUUUACUGAAUAGUCUAGUGUUACUAAGUUAUAGUGACAUUUGACAGACACUGACUGUGUAUGAUCGAUCAACAUACUUUUUCAUUUUUAUGUUUUAUAGUUUUUUUUUUCGAUUAUAGUUUAGUUUUUUGACAAAAUUACAUAUAACCUUCUCAAUCACCGAACCUGAGGUAUAUGAUUUGUGAAAUUAUAUAUCAGGGUUUUGUGUUUCUCUCUGUGCUGUAAUAUUACAUCUCAUGGACUUGUAUCCAUCUGUAUUGUUGUUUCUCUGUGCCAUAGGUUUCAACAAUAUAAUAUCUCAUGGUUUUGUGUCAGUCUGUGUAUAAAUUAAACUCUUUCUGUUUGAUGUAGGUUUCAGUACAUCUUGUUUUGUGUGUAUCUAGCUCUUGCUGUUAGUUUCAAUGGUUUUGUGUGUAUCCUUCUGUGUGCUCUGUGUAGGUUUCACGCCUCCUGGAAUGGACCGGUCAUCUCCAGACAGCAGUCCAGUACAUGGUUUAGUACGCCAGGCCUCCGUCACCACCGGCGUCAACAUCCCCAUCAUCACUGAACUAGGUGAGACACACAACAGACCAUUUACUACUGAUAGAUCCCAGCGGGCAAAACACGUCGAAACGAUGUCAUAAUGAUGUCAUUUCAACCACUUUCUGGUUGUUGUGAUGUCAUUUGCCUGUUGGGAAAAUAUUGUUACAUUGUACACAGAGUUUGGCCAACUCACUUAGAGAUUUAGAAUCUUCAGAACCGCCAUGUUGGCUCCAACAGUUUGUUGGACAUUCAUUUGCGUUCUGGUUAGAAUGCAGGUUUGAAUGUUUUUGUUGUGGAAUGUUUGAUGCCAAUGUGGACGGUAGUUGGCCGAACUCUUUAUUUUCUAUGGCUGUGAUGACUAAUUCUAGCGAUAUGUUGAUGAUAAAGAUUAACGAUUAGUGACUUUGGCUGAGAUUUGAUGGAUUUAGAUACAAAACUGAGCAUUUGUUGUCAUUUCAAAUGUCACCCUCUUUCAGUAAAUUCUAGCCGAGAUGUCUCGUUACGAAGUCAGAACACUCUCACUUCUUCUAUGUACCAUUUGUCCAUUAACAGCCUGAUGGAGAGGGAGAGGGCAAAAAGAGAGUGCAAGAGGAAGCUAAAAAAGUGCCACGGUAGCAAAAUGGGUCCAUUUAAUAAUAACAAUGGCGCUGUCUAUAUUCUCUAGUAUUCCCUGUGGUCCAGGGGACUCAUGAAAGUUUCACAUCUCUGAGGGCUUCUAAAGCACCAGAGACCAGGGACACUAGAGCCACUCUAUCACCCCUGACUAAAGCACUAGAGACUAGCCACUCUGUCUCUAUCUCUCCCCUCUGACCCAAUUAGAAAGCAUUGAGGCGUGAGGAGACUAAGAGAUGGAUGGAGGCACAGAUAGAGAUAGAGACAGGGAGAGAAACAGGGACAUGAAGCAGCAUGAACGUUUUCUCACCUUUCUCUCUUUACACUCUUUAGUACUACAUAUAUAAUCAACAUAACAAGUGUAGCUAUUCAGGUUUUUUCCUUGCAGUAUUUGGUUGGAUAUGAAUUAAUUCCACAGGUACGUUUGAUUUAGAAUAAUUUCAGCUAUGUUUGAUUUAGAAUAAUUCUAACCCCGCAUAUUCUGUUAGGCCCUGGUUAUUAUGUAUGUAGAUAGUACUAGCAUCACUAACAUUGUCCUCCUCCUCUCUGAGAGUAGAAAGAGAGUGAAGUGAGGCACAACUAUACACUAUAAUUGUAGUGUCAAUGUUGUCAGUUUACAGCACCAUAGUCAAGAUGCAAGUCUAAUGGAAAAUGUUAAGAAGCUGGCUGAAUUGCCAGAUCAAUUUGAUGGAGUCACAUAAAGUUGGUUUAUGUAUACAACAUUGUAAAUCCCUUUGGUGUCUUAAAAGCCGUACAAAUUGGCAAUUCAUGUUUUAGUGGUAUGGUUCAGUCGCAUCCGGGCUACGUACUUUAAUCUCUGGUGCUGUAGUUGUAUGUCAUGGACAACCAUGGCUACCUUUACAUACAGUCAGUGUCUAAUCCUGUGGUUGACAUGAUGCGUGGUCUCAGACAGAACUGCCUUUCUUUUUCUCUUCUCUUUGAAGCUGUUCCCAUAACGACCCUAUCUCUCCCCCCUCUGCUCUCCACACCGUCUUACCUUCAUUAGCUAAACCUGGCAAAAUAUUGCCUUUGGUUUCAUUCAGUCAGGAAAAAAACUGUGGAAUCAACAUACAAAUGAUAACUGAGCUGGGUAAGCCAGGCUUUUGUCCUCCGCUCGCUGCCGUCCAAUCUUUCGUUUAUUUGUUCUCUCUCUCUCUCUCUCUCUCUCUCUCCUCUCUCUCUCUCUCUCUCUCUCUCUCUCUCUCUCUCUCUCUCUCUCUCUCUCUCUCUCUCUCGCUAUCAUCUUGUCUUGAUGUAUCUGGCUGCAGCCGAGGUCCUCGCUGGCUGCUCCCAUGGCUUCACUUUGAACACAUUUUUUAUUUUUUUUAUUCUCGGUUUCUGGUUGAAAAUGGACUGUCUUGUUUUGGCCUUUUUUUAUUUAAUGAUUUUUUUCCGUGGUGUUUAGAUUUUUUUCCAUUUCGUUUUUCCGAGCAUCGUUCUGGCACUUUCAUCAUUGCUCGGUAUGUCCUUGUGGCUGUUUUCAUAGCACACACCCCACUCCCGACCCCAACCCCUCCCUCAACACCCUACCACCCCCCGGUUCAGUCUCUUUGGCCCGGGCCCGUUUGCAUCACCAGCCCCCUUGUCUGGUUGACUGACAUGUCUGUUCCUCCGCAGCACAGAGGAAGCCUGGGAAGAAAUCAUAUUUCAAAACACUAAAAACUAUAGAUCAAACCUUCCCUUUAAGAUGUUUAUUUUUAUUUAUUUUUGGGGUUGUUGCUUUUUAUUUUUUAUUUUUUUUAACCUAAAGCCUAGAUGUUGAAGGAGUCAAAGAAAGGCUUGUUUUGUGUGAAGCACUUUUCAAAUGCAGUUGGAUCUCAGGGUCUUGUCCACUGGCGCUAGAAAGAGAAUCCUCUCAUCUGAGGCUAAAUAAAGACAGACUGUUCUACUAGGAAAAGUCAUCUUUACAAAUGGUUAAGAAUAAGUUUGUUUUUAUAUGGUUUCAUCUUGUUCUUUUCCUCUGGUUAGCAAUAUUCUAUACAGUAUAGAAAGAGAUUUUUCAACCCUGGCCAUGUUAUGAUUUGAACUUUUUUCAUCAUUAACAAUUUCAGAAUGUCGUAUUAGUUCGAUCUUUAAAUGCAGGCUGUGAAUUUACCCCACAGCCCUAUGUUAUUAUUGUUGUUUUAAAUAAUCAUUUGACUUUCAGGAAAAGGUAAUUACCUCAAUAUCUCAAUAGGUGACGAUGUGACCACACAUUUUCUUAUCUGAGAUAUCAAUGAAGCUCUAAAAUGCAUGUUACAUUACGUGCAUGAUCUUCUCACCUGAACAUGCACAAUAUCAUCUUGAAUAUAAAAACCACAAUAUGGUGGAUUGAGGUGUUUCACACACCUAGGUAAAAUCCAUGUCCUGAAUGCAAUACAAACUACAGAAAUGGUUUGUUCAUGACGGAAUGUACUGUGCAUCUACCAUGAAUGCCAAAUCCAUAACGCUUUGGUUCAAACACCACUAUCUAUUCUAUACCUCCAGACCUGAGACGUGAGACCUGUGAGAAUAUAUGCUAUUGAGUCAUAGAAGGACUCUAAUGUAGUGAAUUAUUCUGUUCCGGUCAGUGCCUAAGACUGGGUGUUGACUAGAAACAUUAACACUGUAUCCCAACUUGGAAUAUUGGCUCAUAUUGAAUCAAUGGGUCACAAAAACAGUCUAAAAUCAAACAACGCUUCACAGUUCACCAACAAAAAAGUGCCCUAGCUAAGUCACCCAGUGAUUCUCUACUUCUCUGGUCCUCAGGUGUGUUGGUGUGUGUGUGUGGGUGGGUGUUUGGUGUGCUGUGCGGUGCCCUCCUUGCCCUCUCUCUCUCUCUGACUGUGUUUUGGGUCUCCCCUCUCUCAGUGAACGACUCCAACGUUCAGUUCCUGGACCAAGAUGAUGACGAUGACCCGGACACGGAGCUGUACCUGACACAGCCCUUCGCCUGCGGAACCGCCUUCGCUGUUAGCGUACUGGACUCUCUCAUGAGUGCAGUGAGUAGACAUUACUAAGUAUUCGCUACUCAGUUUACACGGUUCUUAGUGUGCACGAGAUGUAAAAAAUAUAUGUAAUACAUUUUAUUUAUCCUUUAUUUAAUCCGACAUCAUACUAGAUGUCUCUCAUGUACGGGGUAGAAGUCACUAGGACCAAGAUUCCCCUUUUUGUAAAACUGAAGUCUAUAUUUUAUCGAUAUUUAAAUAUAUAUUUAAUCCAUAUUUUAUUUAGGUAGGCUAGUGGCUAUUAUUGCCAUAGGGUGAAGCAGCAUUUGACGAGGGAAACAGUUGCAACAUGCAGCAGUCAAGGGCUAGAAGUGAUUGGCUUUGAAUUCAGGCAGAGUUAGUCCAGUGUUUCAUACAAGAUCACAGCAGACACCGGACAAUACACAUAUAGUAGGUUCACUGUAAGACGUGCAUACAGCCUUUAAACUAAGUAAUUUAAAGGUCUUAACUAAGUACUGUAUACUAAGAACUGUAAACUCAGUAGUGUAUACUUGGUAAUGUCUACUCACCUGCACCCAUGUCUGUUGUCUCUAAUGCUGGCUAUUGAAUUGAAGAUGCUUUUGAUUAAAAUAAGUGAGAGAAAUGUAGCAUAGAUGGAUUUAAAAACUGCAUACGUGCGCGCGCACACACAGAGUAAAGUAAAGGGCUAGACUUAAAGGAUGUGGUAGCCUCAUAAGAUGAAGUGAUCUGCUCAGCGCAGUAGUAAUACGGAGUAGGCAGAAGUUGGUAAAUGAAAUGCCACAUUGAUCAGACAGCGCUGACAGCUCCACUGACAUCAAAAGGGAAGUUGUUGCCACAACUCCUCAUAUAAAGUGUCACAAAACAAACUUUCAAGGGGCUUAUUAGAUCUUUUCACAAGGUAAGUGCUGAGGUUCCCUCUAAUGGCACAUAUGACAUGCAAGGUGGGCCUUCAAAACACUUUCAUCUUACAACAAUGUCAGCCCUGUUCCUGAAGACAAGAUAAGGAAAAAGUAUUAUCUUCUGACUUCGUUCCGACCAUCGCUUCUCCCCUCUGGUGCUGUGAUGGCUUAAUUCCAGCUUGUCACACUGUGAGUGAGGUUAGAGGAGAGCAGAGUAGCCCUCACACACACACUGGCUGUGGUCAGAGGUGAGGGUGAGUGAUGGAAUGCGCUCAUCCAUCAUGGUUCUCCACAGAGCUGUCAGGAGCCUGGGGAGAAGAGCUGCCACUCAGGGCGUGACUUACAGUCAUGCGUGCAUACAUUUUACGUAUGGGUGGUCCCGGGAAUCGAACCCACUACCCUGGCGUUACAAGUCCCAUGCUCUACCAACUGCGCUACAAAGCACCAUUGUUAUGAACAUUCUCAAGCCGCUCUCCGCCAUAGUGGUGCCCAAAAGUCAUGAUAAGGCCAGUCAUUUUGAACAGCGGCUAAUGACUAUUUCGCCUAAAUUGCACUAUAGCAGCCUGGAAAUAUGAUGACAUUGCUAAAGUAGGCAAGUAUUUAGUAGAAAAAAAGUUUGCUAUCAUUAUCAUGUCGUAAAAUUUACUUUAGACAGGUGGCAAUAUUGUCAUUAGCUAGCAAAAUUUGUUUAAAAAAAUUAAGAAAAGCUAGCAAUGCUAACAUUGGCUAGCUAAAAUCCGGUGGUCUCCACUCAAUCUUAGCUAGAUACAGUGAGGGGAAAAAAGUAUUUGAUCCCCUGCUGAUUUUGUACGUUUGCCCACUGACAAUGAAAUGAUCAGUCUAUAAUUUUAAUGGUAGGUUUAUUUGAACAGUGAGAGACAGAAUGACAACAAAAAAAUCCAGAAAAACGCAUGUCAAAAAUGUUAUAAAUUGAUUUGCAUUUUAUUGAGGGAAAUAAGUAUUUGACCCCCUCUCAAUCAGAAAGAUUUCUGGCUCCCAGGUGUCUUUUAUACAGGUAACGAGCUGUGAUUAGGAGCACACUCUUAAAGGGAGUGCUCCUAAUCUCAGUUUGUUACCUGUAUAAAAGACACCUUUCCACAGAAGCAAUCAAUCAAUCAGAUUCCAAACUCUCCACCAUGGCCAAGAACAAAGAGCUCUCCAAGGAUGUCAGGGACAAGAUUGUAGACCUACACAAGGCUGGAAUGGGCUACAAGACCAUCGCCAAGCAGCUUGGUGAGAAGGUGACAACAGUUGGUGCGAUUAUUCGCAAAUGGAAGAAGAACAAAAGAACUGUCAAUCUCCCUCGGCCUGGGGCUCCAUGCAAGAUCUCACCUCGUGGAGUUGCAAUGAUCAUGAGAACGGUGAGGAAUAAGCCCAGAACUACACGGGAGGAUCUUGUCAAUGAUCUCAAGGCAGCUGGGACCAUAGUCACCAAGAAAACAAUUGGUAACACACUACGCCGUGAAGGACUGAAAUCCUGCAGCACCCGCAAGUUCCCCCUGCUCAAGAAAGCACAUAUACAGGCCUGUCUGAAGUUUGCCAAUGAACAUCUGAAUGAUUCAGAGGAGAACUGGAUGAAAGUGUUGUGGUCAGAUGAGACCAAAAUCGAGCUCUUUGGCAUCCUUCCCUCAGCCAGGGCAUUGAAAAUGGGUCGUGGAUGGGUAUUCCAGCAUGACAAUGACCCAAAACACACGGCCAAGGCAACAAAGGAGUGGCUCAAGAAGAAGCACAUUAAGGUCCUGGAGUGGCCUAGCCAGUCUCCAGACCUUAAUCCCAUAAAAAAAUCAGUGGAGGGAGCUGAAGGUUCAAGUUGCCAAACGUCAGCCUCGAAACCUUAAUAACUUAGAGAAGAUCUGCAUAGAGGAGUGGGACAAAAUCCCUCCUGAGAUGUGUGCAAACCUGGUGGCCAACUACAAGAAACAUCUGACCUCUGUGAUUGCCAACAAGGGUUUUGCCACCAAGUACUAAGUCAUGUUUUGCAAAGGGGUCAAAUACUUAUUUCCCUCAUUAAAAUGCAAAUCAAUUUAUAACAUUUUUGACAUGUGUUUUUCUGGAUUUUGUUGUUGUUAUUCUGUCUCUCACUGUUCAAAUAAACCUACCAUUAAAAUUAUAGACUGAUCAUGUGUUUGUCAGUGGGCAAAUGUACAAAAUCAGCAGGGGAUCAAAUACUUUUUUCCCUCACUGUAGCUAGCUAACGUUUAUACUGCAUCUAAAGUCAAUCUGGCGACAUCAAAAUUAUGACAAAAGGUUUUCCAAGAAUUAUUUGCCUCCUUUAUAAAUGUAAUUGUAUUUCAAAGCCACUCUAAUGCACUUUUAAUAUCGUCAUCAGUGCCAAUUGACAAUGCAUUGAGUAGAAUGCUCAGUCUGGCAUCAGUCCUAAAAUGAAUGUUCAGAACAAUAUUGUGAAGAAACGUGCAAUCCAUUUUAUAUGAGCUCGCUUGCGUGGGAGGGGUGGCAAUAUCUGGGGAUAUUUAAAACCAACCGAAAACUGGUCUUAGCUGUAACGAGGUUGGUUAUGUCAUGGAUUUUGACAAUGGAAGCGCAGCCUAUCCAGCCGUUACACACAAUGCCCAUAUGCACAUGGAACAAGAUAAAAAAAAUCCAGUUUCAUUUGAUUAAAAACCAAGCAUCCCUUCCUCUCAAUUAAGUCUGUUUUUUUGUCCUGACCAACGCAUUCGCCAAGUAGUCAGAACUAUCGAAAAAGGGUUUGGCUCGUGAGACCACUUUGAAAUAAAUCUUAAUCACCAAAACUUUAUUAAAAGAUCAAGUUUGGCAGCAGCAGCAAAACAGUGAGGACAUCCCCUUUUUAUCUAUGUAGGCUAUAAAAAUUUUUGGGCCAGCUCCUGUUAUUAUUUUGGAUGUGCUUAAAACCCCCUCCAUGUAGGCUAUAUGCCCAUCAUGGAAGGAGAGAUGAGAUUAUCCGGUGACACUCAUAUUUAGAAACAUGUAUUUUCCUGUAACCUGUAGCUUGUUUUCCAUUUCCUUUGAUAUAAAAAAAAAAACUCUUAGUAGGAUACCCUUACGUUACUAUAACGAAAGCUGGUUUAACAGCAUCUUUCUUAUCCUGGCCAUGCAUUAGAAGUAGUCUAUCCAUGAAAGGCGACAUGCUUUUGAAUUAUUCACAGUACUACCUGCAGUACUCCAUUCGGCUUGUAUCCUUCCCCAUUCCCUGACUCUUUUCCGGUUACCAAACAUGCGCUCCUCCAAACUUAUUGAAAUGAUUCAGUCCUAUAAUGCAGUAUCAACGGUAGGCCUAGGCUAUGUCUUGCUUAUUGAGAAUGUGCCUCACACAUACUAUACAAUUUACGGGAGCCUAGUAGUUUUUAUUUGAGGAGAAGUGCGAUGACAAAAGGCCUAUACUUGUUGAAACCGAUUACAAUAAUGUUGACUGUCAACACUCUAAACAUAUUGAGCAAACACUGGAUGUUUUUUUUUACUGUUGGUAUCAGUCAUUACUGUAGCCUAUGCUACAGUUGAAGUCGGAAGUUUACAUACACCUUAGCCAAAUACAUUUAAACUCAGUUUUUCACAAUUCCUGACAUUUAAUCCUAGUAUGAAAAAAUGUAUGCACGCACUAACUGUAAGUCGCUCUGGAUAAGAGCGUAUGCUAAAUGACUAAAAUGUAAAAAUCCCCUGUCUUAGGUCAGUUAGGAUCACCACUUUAUUUUAAGAAUGUGAAAUGUCAGAAUAAUAGUAGAGAGAAUUAUUUAUUUCAGCUUUUAUUUCUUUCAUCACAUUCCCAGUGGGUCAGAAGUUUACAUACACUCAAUUAGUAUUUGGUAGCAUUGCCUUUAAAUUGUUUAACUUGGGUCAAAUGUUUCGGGUAGCCUUCCACAAGCUUCCCACAAUAAGUUGGGUGAAUUUCGGCCCAUUCCUCCUGACAGAGCUGGGGUAACUGAGUUAGGUUUGUCGGCAUCCUUGCUCGCACACGCUUUUUCAGUUCUGCCCACACAUUUUCUAUAGGAUUGAGGUCAGGGCUUUGUAAUGGCCACUCCAAUACCUUGACAUUGUUGUCCUUAAGCCAUUUUGCCACAACUUUGGAAGUAUGCUUGGGGUCAUUGUCCAUUUGGAAGACCCAUUUGCGACCAAGCUUUACCUUCCUGACUGAUGUCUUGAGAUGUUGCUUCAAUAUAGCCACAUAAUUUUCCAUCCUCAUGAUGCCAUCUAUUUUGUGAAGUGCACCAGUCCCUCCUGCAGCAAAGCACCCCCACAGCAUGAUGCUAUUUUUGUUUCAUCAGACCAGAGGACAUUUCUCCAAAAAGUACGAUCUUUGUCCCCAUGUGCAGUUGCAAACUGUAGUCUGUCUUUUUAAUGGCGGUUUUGGAGCAGUGGCUUCUUCCUUCCUGAGCGGCCUUUCAGGUUAUGUCGAUAUAGGACUCAUUUACUGUGGAUAUAGAUACUUUUGUACCUGUUUCCUCCAGCAUCUUCACAAGGUCCUUUGCUGUUGUUCUGGGAUUGAUUUGCACUUUUCGCACCAAAGUACAUUAAUCUCUAGGAGACAGAACGCGUCUCCUUCCUCAGCGGUAUGACGGCUGUGUGGUCCCAUGGUGUUUAUACUUGCGUACUAUUGUUUGUACAGAUGAACAUUGUACCUUCAGGCGUUUGGAAAUUGCUCCCAAGGAUGAACCAGACUUGUGGAGGUCUACAAAUAUUUUUCUGAGGUCUUGGCUGAUUCCUUUUGAUUUUCCCAUGAUGUCAAGCAAAGAGGCACUGAGGUUGAAGGUAGGCCUUGAAAUACAUCCACAGGUACACCUCCAAUUGACACAAAUUAUGUAAAUUAGCCUAUCAGAAGCUUCUAAAGCCAUGACAUCAGUUUCUGGAAUUUUCCAAGCUGUUUAAAGGAACAGUCAACUUAGUGUAUGUAAACUUCUGACCCACUGGAAUUGUGAUACAGUGAAUUAUAAGUGAAAUAAUCUGUCUGUAAACAAUUGUUGGAAAAAUUACUUGUGUCAUGCACAAAGUAGAUGUCCUAACCGACUUGACAAAACUAUAGUUUGUUAACAAGAAAUUUGUGGAGUGGUUGAAAAACGAGUUUUAGUGACUCCAACCUAAGUGUAUGUAAACUUCAGACUUCAACUGUAUAUAAUAAACAGUAUUAUCAAUCCACAAUGGACUGGGACAAGAAUAUUCCUUGCCCCGAGCCGAGUAGAUGACAACGCAAAGACCGUCAGAAACCUACAGAAUUUGAGACAAACGCAUACAGUAUUAAGCCAUGGAAUGCCUUGAUUGGCCAGUUAGUGGCCAAGCCCAAGUCACACCUACGACUUGUCUAUUAAUCAAAAUCCAGGCCUUUCGGGCCACCAGCAGCUAUUGUGCUCAUAAUAACAGCUGUGAAAAUAGAAACAAUAUUUCUGACACAUUCCCGGAACAAUAGCGCUACCGCCAGCGCUUAGAUUUCCCAUUGCGUUAGGUUUGUUAAAAUAGAGCACUAGAGCUUCUAUUCUGCUAUUGUAUUUCUAUACCUGUUGGAACAAUAUGCGUUAUCAACAUGCUUGCUUCAGCUUUUCAAUGUAUUUUAUUAAAGGAGUAAUGGUAUUGAUGUGAAACCUGCUAAACCAAUCUAUGAGGAGAAGUUGAGGAGAAGUUGUCUUAGUAAGCAUGGCUGGUGAAUGAAUGUCAAAUGGAAGUAGUUCCGGUACAAGUAAAGCUUUUUCUGUAAUUGGUCUGCCCUGUCUCCUCACCUCUCUGUCUGGUCUGUAUGAAGAGACAAGGGUCUAUAUAACAUGGGGCACGUCCACUCCGUGUCUCUCUCUCCCAUCUCUCCCUGUCCUCUCCCCUCCACUCCUCUCCAUACCUCCCAAUCCUCAUCUCCCAUCUCUCCCUAUCCUCUCCCCCCCACUCCUCUCCAUCCCUCCCAAUCCUCCUCAUUCUCCCUCCCUCCCUAUCAUCCCAACCUCUCUUCAUUCUUUCCCAUCUCUCCCCCCUCCCCUUCUCCAUCUGCCACAUAUCCUCUACCGUUGUGGCUCUAAUGGCGUCUCCUUACUUACGGAUCUCACAUCCUCUUAUGUCCGCAGACAUACUUCAAUGAUAAUAUCCUCACCCUGAUCCGGACGCUGGUGACUGGGGGAGCCACACCAGAGCUAGAGGCUCUAUUGGCAGAGGAGAACGCCCUGCGAGGGGGCUACAGCACGCCACAGACACUGGCCAACCGAGACAGGUGUCGUGUGGCCCAGCUGGCCCUCUAUGAUGGGCCCUUUGCCGACUUGGGGGUAAGUGGAUGUUUAAACGGAGCUGACACAUUUUGGCACUCCCCAGUAGCACCCAAUCCUGCCUGGUCGCCUCCUAGUGGCACUUAAUACAAAGUGAAGAACAGAGAACACGCAAGGGGGGCUCUGUUAAGGAGGUUGUGUGUGUGUUAUGGAAAGGAAUAAUGCAACUGUCUGAGAAUAUCCCAUGAGUUAUUCUACUCUUUAAUUUAUCAGUGCAUUGUUUAUAUAUCUAAUGUUAAAUGUUUUACAGUUGUUAAUAGUGCUUCAGAUUCUGAAGGGGUGUGUCACAAAGUGAAAGGAUGUUGUUUUGUGUCCUUUCCUGCAUGAUAUAAAGGACAUUUUUACACUGUAUAUUGUUAUCUCCCCAAAACACUCAGCAAAACUUAUCCAGGGCACUGCAGUUUGAUAUUUGCAAAGACUAUUUUGCCACUUAGAUAAAUUAUUACAUUUUUACAUUUACAUUUUUAGUCAUUUAGCAGACGCUCUUAUCCAGAGCGACUUACAGUUAGAGUGCAUACAUUUUUUCUUACUUUAUAAGCAAACACACCCUGAUGUUUUUUGUCAUUUGUCGUUUUCCAGGAUGGCGGUUGCUAUGGAGAUUUGUUCUGUAAAGCGUUGAAGACGUACAACAUGUUGUGCUUCGGAAUCUACAGAUUGAGAGACGCUCACCUCGCCACACCUAGUCAGUGUACCAAAAGGUGAGACCGUCACUGUGUAUCUUUAACAUGUAACAUCUCUCUCACCUCUCAAGGCAGUUCAAGUGUCACAACAUUAGCUGUUUUAAUAUUAGCAAUUGUAUGAUUAUAUUAUAAAUAUUAUCGACCCUUUUAUGAUUAGAUAACUGUACAACCUAGAUGCGUUUCCCCUUCAGGCAGGUCCUGGCUCAAAUGCCGCCUUUGGCGAGACCCAAGAAUUGCUGCCCUCCUCCUAUCCCCACAAAGUAGAAUAGUAGGGCAGGGGUAUUCAACUCUUACCCUACGAGGUCCGUAGCCUGCUGGUUUUCUGUUCUACCUGAUAAUUAAUUGCACACACCAGGUGUCCCAGGACUAAAUCAGUCCCUGAUUUAGAGGGGAACAAUGAAAAAACGCAGUGGAACUGGCUUCGAGGUCCAGAGUUGAGUUUGGUGGGACUAGGCUAUACAGUGUCGGUCCACAAUGCACUUUAAUUAAUGCCUAUCCAUGUGGUAGCCUACAAUUUGUAAAACAGGCAGUUGCAUUGGCUUUAUAGUCCUGAUACUUGACAAAGACUUAAGACUAAUCAUUUUGGCUAUUCAAGCUCUGAAUAUCAGCUACCAUAAGCGGCGUGUCAUAAAGUAAUUUGAAAUACAUUUGCCAAAAUUAUAUAAUGAAUCCUGUCUUUACAGAAAUAAAAUAAUUCAAAACACUUCACUAGAGAGCAUGACAGCCACAGAGGAUCAUUAGCUUCUUAAAAAAACAUUUUUGUGGAUUGUUUCAAAUCAAUAGCGUGUAGGUCUACAGUGUGGGAAAAAAGUAUUUGAUCCCCUGCUGAUUUUGUACGUUUGCCCACUGACAAAGAAAUGAUCAGUCUAUAAUUUUAAUGGUAGGUUUAUUUGAAUAGUGAGAGACAGAAUAACAACAAAAAAAUCCAGAAAAACGCAUGUCAAAAAUGUUAUAAAUUGAUUUGCAUUUUAAUGAGGGAAAUAAGUAUUUGACCCCCUCUCAUUCAGAAAGAUUUCUGGCUCUCAGGUGUCUUUUAUACAGCUAACGAGCUGAGAUUAGGAGCACACUCUUAAAGGGAGUGCUCCUAAUCUCAUCUUGUUACCUGUAUAAAAGACACCUGUCCACAGAAGCAAUCAAUCAAUCAGAUUCCAAACUCUCCACCAUGGCCAAGACCAAAGAGCUCUCAAGGAUGUCAAGGACAAGAUUGUAGACCUACACAAGGCUGGAAUGGGCUACAAGACCAUCGCCAAGCAGCUUGGUGAGAAGGUGACAACAGUUGGUGCGAUUAUUCGCAAAUGGAAGAAACACAAAAUAACUGUCAAUCUCCCUCUGCCUGGGGCUCCAUGCAAGAUCUCACCUCGUGGAGUUGCAAUGAUCAUGAGAAUGGUGAGGAAUCAGCUCAGAACAACACGGGAGGAUCUUGUCAAUGAUCUCAAGGCAGCUGGGACCAUAGUCACCAAGAAAACAAUUGGUAACACCCUACGCCGUGAAGGACUGAAAUCCUGCAGCGCCCGCAAGGUCCCCCUGCUCAAGAAAGCACAUAUACAGGCCCGUCUGAAGUUUGCCAAUGAACAUCUGAAUGAUUCAGAGGAGAACUGGGUGAAUGUGUUGUUGUCAGAUGAGACCAAAAUCGAGCUCUUUGGCAUCAACUCAACUCGCCGUGUUUGGAGGAGGAGGAAUGCUGCCUAUGACCCCAAGAACACCAUCCCCACCGUCAAACAUGGAGGUGGAAACAUUAUGCUUUGGGUGUGUUUUUCUGCUAAGGAGACAGGACAACUUCACCGCAUCAAAGGGACGAUGGACGGGGCCAUGUACCGUCAAAUCUUGGGUGAGAACCUCCUUCCCUCAGCCAGGGCAUUGAAAAUGGGUCGUGGAUGGGUAUUCCAGCAUGACAAUGACCCAAAACACACGGCCAAGGCAACAAAGGAGUGGCUCAAGAAGAAGCACAUUAAGGUCCUGGAGUGGCAUAGCCAGUCUCCAGACCUUAAUCCCACUGAAAAUCUGUGGAGGGAGCUGAAGGUUCGAGUUGCCAAUCGUCAGCCUCGAAACCUUAAUGACUUGGAGACAAUCUGCAAAGAGGAGUGGGACAAAAUCCCUCCUGAGAUGUGUGCAAACCUGUGGCCAACUACAAGAAACGUCUGACCUCUGUGAUUGCCAACAAGGGUUUUGCCACCAAGUUCUAAAUUAUGUUUUGCAGAGGGGUCAAAUACUUAUUUCCCUCAUUGAAAUGCAAAUCAAUUUAUAACAUUUUUGACAUGCGUUUUUCUGGAUUUUUUUGUUGUUAUUCUGUCUCUCACUGUUCAAAAAACCUACCAUUAAAAUUAUAGACUGAUCAUGUCCUUGUCAGUGGGCAAACGUACAAAAUCAGCAGGGGAUCAAAUACUUAAUUCCCUCACUGUAUGCCUAGUUGGGAAGUCCGCAAUUAGGGCAACACGCAUGGCAAUAGGCCUAGCUGAUUAUUGAGUUGCGGCUGUCAGUGAAAAGCAUCAACAUAUGUGUGAAGACAAUGUGUCUUGAGUAUCAUUUAAAAUGUUGAGACAAGACAAAGUAGAUAGGUGGGUGGAGAGGAUAUAGGCACAUAGCUGUCUCCCGCCAGUUCUUGCGCAUUAAUUGUUUCAUUGUGUGAAUUGUUUACCCUUUAAUUGUUUAUUUUGAUCAAUUCCCCAUUACAUAUGUCACCAGUAGUAAAUGUACCAUUAAUCCCUGCCAUUUGGUUACAUUCAUUUCAGUUAAUGCAUGUAUUAAUUACAGUAAUUUGCCGUUCUCAUUCUCAGAGUGGAAACAUUGUUUGCAAAGUUCACAACCUGCUACUUGUGAGAAACAUGUUUUGGUAUAUUUCAUACCAUCAUUUACGUGUUUUGUAAUUUUUUUGUUUUGUUUUUUGUUUGGAGCGUUAAAUGUGAGCAAUGAGCAUGUGUGUGGGUUCUUUCUCUGUCCUGUUAAUGUAGAUGUAGAGCGGGCACCUAUGCACGCAUAAAGUAGGCUAAUUGGCAUGCUCACGCAAAUGUAGGAAAGUGCCCAUUUGGGGAUACCUGAUUUAUGACCACCACCACUAAUAAUAAUAAUAAGCUGAGCUUCUUAAUCAUUUUUGUAACCAUGUGACAAUGAUUUGAGAAACUAAAACUUUAUUAUCGAAAUGAAACUGUUCCACGAAAAUGCGAAUAUGAAAAUCAUAACUGGCAUGCAGAUCAGUAGAAAUGGUAGGAUACAUUCUUAGCUUCCCCAAACGUGAAACUCGCGCUGCCUAUGUCAGCUACCCAAGUUUAUCAGGCGGUGUAUUAUCUUGGAAAAUGCAGUUCAUAGCCUAUUUUCUUCUUCGCCAUGAUCAGAUCAGAAAUUGACGAAUGGGUCUAAUUAUCAUGACAAUUUAGCCCACUGAGUGAAACUCCCAGACAGAGGUCGUGAGUAGCCUAAUUUCAUUCCCUAGGCUACUGUCCAUUUUAUUUUGAGCUGUCCUGUUUUUAGGAUAUGGAGUGUUUGUUAACAUGUUAAUUCAUAUUCACAUCGAAGCACAUCGUUUUUUGAUAGGGCGUCAUUUAGGCUAUUUGAUUGGAAACACGCAUGAUGUAAAAAGUGUCUGUCUCAUGAUAUUGUCAUGAAUUUGGUCGCCAUGUAGGCUACAGAAAAGGCCACAGAGGCUAUAGACUUUCUACCAAAUAGGCUACAUGAUUUGACAGAGUGUUGGUGGAGCGCCGCAAUGCUGGAGAGGCGCGCUGGGCAUGGACGAGAUACAUAUUUUGAGCACCUGUCUUUGUCAAAGUGUGCACUGCUUAUCAUGGGACGGCAUCAGCAUUCACCUUAAUAGCCCAUAUGUCACUGGGUGAGAGAAGGUUUCAGUGUUUUGGGGCAGAAUUAUGUUAGGUGUUAUGUGUUUUUGUAGAUGCGUCUUGGUCAGUUUAGCUUGGAAAAUGCCGCCCUUGUCAAUCUGCCGCUUUAAGCGAACGCCUAAUCCUUCCUAAUGGGCGGGCCGGCCAUGCCUUCAUGCCUCUAACACAGAGAAGCAUUUUGAUUUGAAAUAAAUAGGUUUUUCAAAUCUUGUAACUGAUUAGUUUUCAACCACACCCUGUUAACUUUCUAUUAUGCAUUUGUAUAUAGACACUGACUAUACAGUAUUGUUUGGUUCUGUCUUCCACUAACUCCUAUCCUGUCCUGUCUAUAGGUAUGUGAUCACCAACCCUCCGUAUGAGUUUGAGCUGGUCCCCACAGACCUGAUCUUCUGCCUGAUGCAGUUUGACCACAACGCGGGCCAGUCCCGGGCCAGCCUCUCCCACAGCUCUCACUCCUCCCAUUCCUCCAGCAAAAAGAGCUCGUCCGUCCACUCCAUCCCCACCACCAACCGGCAGAACCGCAGCAGCAAGCCCCGGGAGGCCGGCCACAAACAGAAGUAGGUGGAUGAGAUGUUUUUUUUGUGUGUGUCUUUUUUGUGUUUGUUGGGCAUGUGUAGUAUGUUUGGUGUGGGUGUUGUGUCUAUGUAGGGUUGUGACCAGAUUGUGUUUGAGUGUGUACGUGCGGGCGGGCGGGUGUAUGCAAGUGUGUGUGAGACACUGUUUGGGUCAAUUAUCCAUGUCUGUGUGUUUGUUGGGGUUUGUGUUUUGUUUGUGAGAUUUUGUGCUCAAUGUCCACGUCAUGUUUGUGCAAUGUUUGCUCUAUAACCAUCAGCAUGUGGUUCUUGCUCUGACAUCUCAGCCUGCCUUCAAAGCUACCAUGAUCUCAUUAAUGGAACUAAGGGGAAACGUUUAUGUGCAUUAUUUUCACAAAUAUUUGUAGAGCAAAAGAAAACACUUCUUAUUUCCCGCUGACCUCAUUGAACCUGUAUUUAAGCAUUAAUUUAAUAACUCAAGAUGCCACUGAAAGAAGAUGAGGAACAUUGACAUAGAAAGACCUCUCAUAUGUUGUCUUGGUACCAAGCCGGUGACCGGCAUGCCAGUCGUUUUUUGCUAGAUCUGUUAGUUUCUAUAAGACACUAUAAUUUGACUCAUGUUGGCAUAGCCUUCUUAUAUGUUGGCGUUCGUACAAGCAGUAUGGCAUGGGUAUGGAUUUUAAUGUAACACGAUUUAAAUAGACAAACCUUUACAGGUUGUCUAUGAACGAGAAACAUCAUUAGACCAUCUGUGUGGACAUCUGUCUGGUUAUUGUGUCUGUUCUGUCAUCGCAUGUCCAUGUUCCUAGUUCUCAAUCUCAAAUGCUUAUUUUUAGUUCUGUUUUUAAUUUUGAUCUAUUUUCCAUAAUAUAGAAUAAGACAAUAUAUACAUUAAGUUAUAUUGAGCGAUAAGGAACUCAUUAUUUUUAAAACUACUCAGAGAAUUUGAUUAUAAUGGUGAGAAGACACAUCAUGCUACCAACACCACUCCCUAAACCGUGAUAGAUCAUUUACUAGGUUAAUUCUUAAGAUUAAAGACAACAGAUCAAUUGUAAUGUCUUAGUGUCCUUUUAAAUGUCCCUUAGCAUUUAUCUUAAAUUCCUCUCAAACAUUGCAUGCUAGGGAAGUGAAGUGUAGGUGUUCAGUAUCUAGAAACUUAGACAGUGAUAAGGGAACAUCUGACAAGUAGGGUUGGGGUCAAUUCAGGAAGUAAACUGAAAUAACAUAAAACAUUCAAAAGUGUAAAAAAAUAUUAUUUUGGCAAUGGGGCCUUGAUUGUAUUAGAAAAUAGGAUUGAUUUAUUUGAUAAAAUGCAGCCAGUGUCAGUGCUUACAUAGAGUACAGCAAGAGAUCCAGUCAUGUCAGUGAUUGUGUUUUAGACGUGUUAUUUGCCUUGUAGACUGUAAUACCUUACUUACUUAGAUUACCUACUUCUCUUUCUGAAGUGCAACAAGGAUGAAUAGAAUGAGCCAAGGUAUGCAAGUUAAUGAUUCUGCAUGUCCUACUAUUACUAUAGCACCCUUUACGUGGGGUUCUAAUCAUAACUUUGUCCCUGUGGAGAUUGUUAUGACAAGGGGAGGUUUUGUAGUGUUUUUGUUAUUUUCCUGUAAGGAAAAGUCAUCAUGCCUCAGUUUAAGUUUUGCUUUUGAACAAAUGGAAAGCAAAAUGGCUGCUGCUGCCUCUGCCCUCUCCCUGUCAUGCCCAGGACCAUCUCUGCACUGCAUGAGGUCCAACCUUUCUCCUCUACUUAUCUUUCUGUUUUACCUCCUUGACACCUUAAUUCACCUGAUGAUGCUUUUUCUUUGUUUUCUCUUGACAGAGCCUCUAUUUUGUAUAAUAUCCCUAUUAUUUAUUAUGUUUUUUAGUUUGCUUUAUUUCAACUUGACACAAAUUGCAUUGUGUGAGAGGUCUGUGUGUUUGCACAUAUCCUUUCCUAUUGAAUGCGAUCAGAUGACUGAUGUUGUCUAAGUGUUGUAAUCCAGAUUCAGUAUUACUGUAUCAACUAGAGCCACAGAGACAAGGUGUUGCCUAUCACACACUAUGUAACACACCUAACACAAACUGUAGACAUUUGAUUACCUAAAGAUCAUAGCUUGGGUAUCGAUAUGAGUAGGCGCGAAACCUCAAACUGACACCUCCCCGAAACGGGGAGGCAUGACAAAUAUAAAGUCUAAAUUGCAGAAGGAUAUGAGGCGGUAAGUUUUGCACUCAUAACCCUGUGGUGGUUUCAGGCGACAGACAUAUUGCUUCACCUUAGGCAUAGUUUAAAACAUCAAACGCCUAUGCUGCAACACACUAGCUUGAGCACUAAGCUGACUGACCCACACACACUCACCAAAGUUGAAUUUACUUUACCUGGAAGGAAAUGAAGUAACUGAUCUGAAACCUAUGGUCCCUCAUGGCGUUUUGGAUUGGAAUGUCAUACAUGCUAUAAAACACUGCUAUUUAAACUGAGACAGUAAUAUAUGACAUGAAACCAUGUAGAUUAUUCAACACUAACACUUUGUUUCUGCCCCAUCCCUCCGCAGAAAGGAAAUGGUUUACAGAUGAACCAGAAAAUGCCUACCAACGGAACAUUCAGAUCAAGCCCAUGAGCACUCACAUGGCCAACCAAGUCAACCAAUACAAAUCCACUAGCAGUCUGAUUCCACCAAUCAGAGAAGUUGAAGAUGAAUGC